GUCCGGGAACAGAGACAGCCAAAGUAGUCCCUCACUGACACGGGUUCAAUAAGCUCAUGUCAGAGACAGAGGAGAGGUGUGUUUGAGCGCAUUAACAGUGUGAGGACCGAACCAAACCCAGACCAGACCGCUUCUUUUUUGUCUUCUUUUUAGCGUUUAAUCAUUUUUUUCUGCUCCGAGACCACCACAAAACCCGGACCGGUCAGACCUCUUUACCCCAAAUACACUCCAACCUGAACUGGACAUCAAGAAACUCCGCGUCUUUUCUUUCCUCUAUUCGCUUUUUUGUUCUUAUUUUUAUUUUUCAUUUUUUAUUUUUUUGAUGGUACAAUGUCAUCUCUGCCAGGAACUGUACCGCGGAUGAUGCGCCCGGCUCCCGGACAGAACUAUCCACGCACCGGAUUCCCUCUGGAAGGUAGGAGCAGACAGCCUGUCGGGCCUGGAGGUUUGUGAGGAGGCUGAAAUUGUAAAAGAAAUUAAAACACCUUAAAAACAACCAGGGCCUGGACUACAGGCCUACAUCAGCCCACUGUAGUUGGAUUUUUUUAUUCCAGAAAGGACGCGCAAAUGUGCCACAAAUUUUGAGUACCUUUGUUUGACUAAAGAGAGUUAAUGUUAUAAAGAUAGAUAAAUAUUUAUCAUCUUAGGUGAUCUUAAAUUUGAUUAAUAAUCAGGUUACAAUUAUGCAAACAAAUUUCCAACGAGUCUAAAUCCUCAGACAAGCUCCAUCUACACAAGUGUGGGAUUUCUUCAAGUGUCCUGGAAGCGCCUGGAAAUUCAAAUCAAAUCCUGAACAAGGAGCAGAAGAAGCAGAGGAUUACAUCAAUAUUUGGACAUCGUGAUGGUGAAUAAUGAAGACGGACAGCAGGGGCUCUUCACUUGAUCUCCAGACUCGGAUGGAGCUGUGAAGUGCCACUCCAGUUAUUAAUGGAACAGCAGCAGCAACGAAAUUUGUUUACAUGAAUUUUACGCGUAAAUGCGCACAGAGAAAAAAACCCACUGAGGCCUUUAUUUUACUUUGUACAAAUGCAUUUUAAAAAAUUCUAUGGAUUCAUUUUGGAGUCAGAAAAUACUCCACGCUGCUGCUGCUGCUGAUGCUGAGUGUGACCUCCUUGUGUCUCCCCUCACAGUGUCCACUCCUCUGGGCCAGGGGCGGGUCAACCAGCUCGGAGGGGUCUUCAUUAACGGCCGGCCGCUGCCCAACCACAUCCGGCACAAAAUCGUGGAGAUGGCCCACCACGGGAUCCGACCUUGCGUUAUCUCCAGACAGCUGCGGGUCUCCCACGGCUGCGUGUCCAAAAUCCUCUGCCGCUACCAGGAGACCGGCUCCAUCCGGCCCGGAGCUAUCGGAGGCAGCAAACCCAGGGUGAGCCGGGCCAGACAGGGACCCCAAAAUAUUAUAAAUACUUAUAACAAUUUUAUCAGCCUGUACUUGCUGUUUAACAUUUUAUUUUUGGUGCCUUUACGAGAAAUUCCUGAUUAUUCUAAGGCCUUGACAAUAAAGCAGCUCGCACUCACUCCCUCGUGUCCUCGCGCUGUCCCACCUGCAGCAGGUAGCCACGCCGGACGUGGAGAAGCGGAUAGAGGAGUACAAACGGGACAACCCCGGCAUGUUCAGCUGGGAGAUCCGGGAUAAGCUGCUGAAGGACGGCGUGUGUGACAGAAGCACAGUCCCUUCAGGUGAGGCCUCCUCUGGUAAGCCACUUUUAAUUUAAUCCACUCAUUCUCUGCGUGUUUUUAUAUCUUUUUUUUUUUUUGAGAGGUGAAAUGAAGCUGAAAAUAAGGGAGGAGUUCGUAUUAUACUCUGAUUGUUAUUUACAUCUUUUCUCUGGUUGCUGAACCUGCCUAUAUUUCCACAGUGAGCUCCAUCAGUCGCGUACUUCGAGCGCGUUUUGGGAAAAAAGACGACGAGGACGAUUGUGACAAAAAGGAUGAAGAUGGAGAGAAGAAAACCAAACACAGCAUCGACGGCAUCCUCGGCGACAAAGGUAGGCCCGAGCAGACUCUCACAGCCUCCUCUCAGCUCCUGUUGACAGCUGCUACUCUCUCUUUUUUUUGGACUCUAUACCGCCGAUGAUUUGUCGACAAAUUGGUCCUAAACGAGCGUUUAGUCGCUCCGCUCUCCUCUGAGAUCUGCUCUCCCUGCAGACGCGGAGCCGCUUAAUUAUUUAUGAUGGAGCGCUGGAGUGGAUCGCGCUCCUGUGGCGCUGCUUAAACGCUCCCCUGAAAGCAGCGCUGACAGAUGACCGAUGUGCCAGUCAAUAUCAAUUACUGAGGGGGCCUAACGGGGGCCACGCUCACCCACGGGGGGCCGUGGAGGAGCGCGGGGUCCAGCGGCCUGAAGUGCACACCAAAACAAACCUGAUGUGUAGAGGAGGAGCAGUCGAACAGAUCAGGAAAUACAAUUAAAACUAAAAGGAAAUAUCGAUAUGAUAUUUAAAUGUAUUGAACUCAUGAUAAAAAAAAUCCCAAAAAUGAGAUUAUAUGAAGAUUAUGAAUAAUCUUGUAAAUCAUGCAUGGUGUACAGCAACACUAUUGAGCAUGAUCCCACAUAUUCUCAGUGUAUCUGAUCUUUGAGUAUUUUAAGAGGGAAUUUGAAAACAUUUUUCUGAGAGUUCAUUUAUUAUAAUGACAUUUAUUUUAAUAAUAAGAGCAGUUUUAGCAAAGUUCUUAGUAUUUAUAUAACUGUGUAAAUAAAUGACAUUUUAAAUGAAAAGAAGGCUCACAUUGACUCUUGUCCGUGACGCCAAAAGCCAGGAGUUAUUCAUAAACUGAGAAAAAUAUUUUGCAUUUUUUAGUUAUUCUUAGAAAUAAAGGAAUAGAUUUAUAUAAUUGGUUGAUUGAUUGUUAGAGUUAUUCUUGCUUAUAAUUUACAAAGCUCCUACCUAAAGGACAGGUGGAAAUAUAUUGUCAAAUUUCUUCUAUAAAAAUGUUUAGAUGUUGCUUUUAAGUACAACCUCUAUGAGAAUAUUUAACCUUUUUUUCCAAACUUGAAGAGUUAAAUCUGCUAAAGGUUUGAAUUUGUGAUAAAAUUUAAUUGUAAGGCCAAUAAAAAAGAAAUAGUGCAUGGAUGUAUUUGUUUAUAUUCAAAGAGAAAUGACACUGAGAGAUCAUGAUUUACACAGAAACAGUCAGUUAACAUCAGAAAAUCCAUCUUGUAUGGGAGACCAGGUGUGACAGUGAAAAAAAAAAAGAACAUUUAAAAUUGUAACGCUUUUGCAUUUACUAAUCCUGCUCACAGAAAACAGGAAGGCAGCCUCACUGUACGGUGGCCCUGAAGGUCAAAUACUCAAUAAUUCAUUGACCACAGAGAAACUCCAAAAACAUUUCAUUGAAUGUCAGAAAAAUUUAAUAGACAUCAACAUUUGUCAUGGAGUGCAAAAACAUCUCACAAAAUACAAAAAUAUUUUACUCCACAAAAUUGAGAUAUUUCAUCAAUAAGCAGCAUUUUAAAAACAUUUCACAAAAUUCUGGUUAGGGUUAGCCAAAACAAACAAAAAAACAAAUGAACAAAAAUAAACAAAUAAAAUAAAUUAAAAUAUGAAAAAUGGAAUGAAAAAGCAUUUUGUAUUAAAUGUUAUAUUUCUUUGUAUUGCACAUUAUUUUGCAUUUCAUCAAAGAUUUUUAGGAUUUGUUGAAGAAUUUCACAUUUCAUGGAGUCUGUUUUUAUGUUGAAUGAAAUGUUGUUGUGAAAUGUUUGUGCAGUUGACCUUCAGGGCCACCAUAUCACUGCCUCAUGUCAGAAAAAAAAAAGAUAUUUAAACCCUUUUCUCAAAGUGGUCAUGUGCAGCUGAUAGUCCAAUUUUCAGUGUUUUCUGUUGUUUAAAAUAAGAGGAAAAAGUACACGCUGGGUUAGUUUCCAUCUCUGCUCUCCUCAGAAAACCAAACUCCUAUAAACCCCCUCCUCUGCCUUGCUGUGAUUGGAUCACUUUUGUCACAAUCACUGAUGAAGUGAGCGACUCUGGCGUCCUGUAGCUCUCCAUGUUUCCUGACCACCGCCUCCUCUGCUGACACCUCUCUCCGUAACGCUCUCGUCUGUCGUCCUUUUCAUGUUGUUGAGCAGAUCAGCCUCUCUGUGUGUCUCUGUCAUCCCGGCCUGCCGUUUAAUAAUUUGAAGACUUAGCCUAUUACAGCUGGUAAUGAAACCGGUGUCUUGUUGAAUAGGCGUCUGUGUUGGAGAGGGGUGUAAUAGCCUGGAGGCAUGGUAAGAAAUAUAUUUAUCCCCUAUCAGCCCUCACUCUCACAGUCCCAGGCUCAUGCAUUCUGUUGAAGGAGCUUUAAAGCAGAUUAAAUUGAGCCUUUUAUUUCUUUUCACUUUCAUCUCUCAGCCGCUCACUUCGUGGUGUGGAGCCUGCGGCGCAAAUUCAUGAGAUUUUAAGGUUUUUCCUCUCGUGUUGUUUAGAUUGUAUUUUUAAAUAUUCAUUUCAUUUGCUUUUAGAGGAUUGUGUUUUUUGGUGGCAGGUUGGCAGAGAGUCAGGGCGAGCCGUGCAGAGUUUCUGCAGCUGAAUGAAAGAGGUGCAACUGAGACAAACGCAUGCACGUGGACCCUUUACAGGCAGUUUUCACCUGAUAAAAGUCUGUUUCUGCACCUGAUAAGACAGCAGAGAGUACAAUAUGCAACACCUGCAGACUGGCACAAAAUAAUCAAGUUUACGUCUCAUAAAAACAUAAAAACAAAGGUUGACAGAGUAAAAUCUGCCUUCACUGCGGUGACAGCAAAUUAUGUUUCAUUUACUACAUGGUCCUUUUUGCUAAAUAGUAUAAAUACAAUCAAUCUCUAAAUUCUCUCUUAUGAAUAAAUGAAGCAACAACAUCAAGAGCUGAAAAUAAAAACAUUAACAAGCUGUUAUCAUAACACUUUUACCCUGUUUUCUCUACAUGCUUUUUUAACUUGAUAUUUGCAUAUAUAUAUUUUCACAUGUGCCUCUUUUGUAUAACAUUACCUCUCUUUACAUGAUAUGAAUGCAUGUUUUUUUUUUCUCUUUUUCUCUUUUGCAUGCAGGCAGCGAAAAAAAAAAGAAACAAGGUAAUUUUGUGGAGAAGGCAAAGAUGCAAAUGUGCAUUGCCUCCUAGGGUGCCCUAUAAGUCUAUGAUAAAUGCAUGAUAUAAAUACAGCCUCCACAAAAUGGAAAUAAACCUAAUUAAAUUUGAAUUUUCUUGAAAAACAUCACAGAUACACACUAUUAAUAUUUGCAGUUAAGUUGACUUAAUUUCUCCCAAAGACCUUCACAGUGUGAGCAGAAAAAACAGUGUCAGUUUGGAGUCCAGAAUAAUCUGUUUGAAAGAAAAAAAAAAGGUCGGCAGUGAGGAUGGGGCGAGCACUUCAAACAAAUCCAGUGGAAGUGACGGGAAGCAGCUUUGCAGAGGCUGUGUGGGAAGUUCUGCUGCAGCUAUUAAUAACACUUUUCCCCGGGCGUCCGCACUCACACUCCUCUCCAUCUGCACUUUCUCGCAGCUAUUCUGCCGGGUUGAAAUUGAGGGAGACCCAAAUGUUGGCUGGAGAUAACACAAUCAUCACAGCCUCGGUCCUGGGCUGAGCAUCAGUGUAUUAAACUGGGAUUAACCUCCCCUCUCCCCCGCCGCCGCCUCGCACCCAAAACUCACACUUUAAGGGACAUGUAGGAAAAAAAACUGAGGAGGCUGGAAGCCAUCAUGCAACACAGAGGAAUAAAAUCAACAGGAAAAAUCAUCAUAUUGAUCAUCUUGAAAUACACUUAUCUCUUUUGCUAAUUGAUUGAUAGUUGAAGAAAUUCAUGGGGUGAAAAUGUCUCUUUUUUUUCUCCAAUAUGAGCUUUUGGUGCCCCUCUAAUGAGUAAACAAAUUAUUCAAAAAUCUGAUUUUUUUUAAACCGAAUUUAGUGCUGCUUUUAAACACAUCUCUGUUCAAACUGAAUGACAGUAGAGUUGAAUUCAAAAUUAAAAGAAGAGAUUAAAAAAAGAAUUUAAUUUGCCACUCAGAAGUCAAAAAAAAUACUCUGAUACCUGCUGCUAAAAAAGAAAAAUAAUAAAAAACAGAAAGCCAGUUUUCUUUCAGUUAAAUGUAAUAAAAAAUCCAACUUAAUGUAAAAAUAAGGAAGAAUAGAAUUAAAAAGAGCCAUGUACAAUCAAUGCAAAAUAUUGCACAUUAUGUGGACAGUGCAAAAAGUACGAACAUCUAUCAUAGCGUCGUCUUAUGAAUAAGAUAAAUGCCUUAUUUUGUUUUGCAUUUGCAUUUAUUUUUAUCAAACUGAGAGGUGAUAGUAAAAACACAAACUUAAUAUCAAGUAAUGUCAUGGAUGAGUUCCACAAAUAUUAAAAGCAAACAUAACUCAAUAAAAUUGUUCAUAUUUUACAACAAGCUCAUCAAGCAAUCGCCCUCAGCUCUGUCUCUUUGAAAGACAAAUCGUGCAGAAGUCAUAAUCACUCUCCUCUGGCCUCCUGCUCUUAAAGGGAUUUAGUCGUCUUUGCUCUGGACAGAGAUGAAGGCUGCCCAGAGCAAGAUUAAGUUUGUUCUAUGCAAUCAUCACUUCACCUGCACAACUCUUGGGUGCAAUGUUUUUUACACUUCAGUAAGAACUUUAAUCACUCAGACCAAGAUAAGAAAAAACAUGGACCCCUUUAAUGAAUCCUCAGCAGUCAAUUUUAAAUGAUUUAUAAUGACACCUUUCUGCUUUUAAUCAGUGUCACUCAAUCACUGUUGAUCAAGUUUCCCUUAAGGGUCAAUGAGCUCUGAGUUAAACUGAGCUGAUAGAAAAAUGAAAAAGCUUGUUGAAGCCUAAAUAGGUUGGAAAUGAUGGUUAGAUACAGUAGACAGUCGUGACCACAUAGGUUAAACUCUGUUGCUGUCAAAUAAAACUAGAAAUAGAGUUUAUAGUAUUGAUAGAGAAAAUCAGUGAUGUGCUCUGAUUUUAAUGAGAAUAAACUGAGAUUUGUUUCUCCUCUCAUGAAGAGGUGGUUGCAAAAUUAAAAAUUAAACUACAGCUGUCCUUCAAAAUAAAAGUUGCUCUACUUCUGGUGUGAAAUUAAAAUGCCUCAAACAGACUCACUACUUUAGACCGUUUCUUGUGUGCACUCUGUGUGCAUUUAUAACAUCCUGUGAGAAUGAAUGAAUUUGCUGACUUAUAGUUCAAAUGUCGCUCUGCUGCAGGUCAGACUCCCUCUGAGCGAGUGUGUGAGGUCUCUCUCCUCUUUAGGACAUAAACUGAAAGGGUUAAUGUUUGGAUGGUUGGAGGAGGCUGUGCAGGCUGGUAGAGACGCCAUUAAAGAUCUCCCUGAUCCCUGUUGGGAAACUGGGUCACUGUGACAGCAGCACUCAGAGACAGGAGGGGAGAAAGUUACACAAGACUUUGACUGGAGGAGAGAAGAAUGAGGAAAUAACAAGAGAGGGCGUGAAACAAGCUGUAUUUUUUAUUUAGUGCAGGUGUACUUAAAAGAAAUAGUCAUGAAUGGUGUUGUAGUCGUGCAUCUAGCACUUAUAAUAACAUAAAAGGUCCUUGUUUGGUUGGAUGGGAAGAAUUAGGGGGCCACUAUAAAUUUAGUUAAGUUCGUUGGUUUACACUCAUACAAGUAAUACAGAUUAUCGUACACUGAGACAGUAACAGAUGUGAUGGAGAGGUGCGAAAAGCCCUCUAAGGGAACACAACUAACGUCAGUCUCUGAAAUAGCAGAGGAAUCAUUAUGUUUUUCUCAUAGUCAUCUUCAUUUUUAUAGCCUCAGCAUCACACUUAAGACACAGUUCAGAUUUAUUCUGAUUCUCCAUUUCAUGUCUGAGCUGAGUGACCUGCAGACGGAGUAGUCCUCUAAACUGACAUCUAAACGGAAAUGUUGUUGACAAACCAGGUGGCCUCAUCGGAGUCUGAAGUAAAUGGUUUUUAAAUCAAACUCUGACCCUCCUGAUUACAUUGAAGUUUAAUGAUAAUAGCAGGAAAAAUAGGUGAAUCACAUGCUUAUAUCUGAUGAUUCAGCUCAUGGUUUAUUUAUGAUAAAACUAAAAAUAAGAAAAGGGAAGGAAACCCAACCCAAAUCUCUUCAGUGUUUUGUAUUAUUUCUUAUGAAAUGUCUUACUCUGCUUAAUUUAUGCUACAGUCACCUGACAGGGCCAACUAACUCUCUUAUUUCGGAAUAUUUUACCCCAAGACAAGACUUGACUUGCUUUCAGGAGUAAUAACAUCUGCUGAUGGAAUUAAAUAUAAAGAUCAUAAACUAUGGCAUUUACUUUUUUGACAAACUUAACUGCUAUUCAUUUCAUUUUAAAACUUGAGUUUCAAAGUUUUCAUAUUUAAUGAUAGAUUACUUUUUUUUAAGUUUAAGAAAUGUAGGUCCUAUUUUGACGUGUAAAACUGUGAAAUAAGACAUUUUUCCUAAAUUAAGACAAAAAUACUGUAUAAGAUUGAAUUUUUUGCUGCGUAGUGAAAAAAAGUGAUAAAUAUUGAGGUGUCAAAUGCAGGCGAAAGUGUCUUCAAACCAAAAACAUUUCAGAUGUCCAUUUGCUUUGGAAACAGGAACAUUUGUUUUAAUAACCAGCUGCUACCGUAAAGUCAGACCUUGUUGCCUUCUGCACACAUAUUGUCCUUUUUCAGUCAUCUUUGUCAUUGUUUGGACCCAUCUGUUGACUCAUUCAGUCUAAUUAAAGUCUCCUGAACUGCAGCUCUGUGUGGCGCCUCGUUGUAAAGCUUAAAAUCAUCACAGUUAAAUUGUUGUAAAUAGAUCUGAGCAUGCAGGAGGCUAAUUGUCUGGUUUCUUCCCUCCUCUGCAGUGUCCAUUAGCAUUUCUGUCGGGGCUGACCUACUUGUUGAUUUUCCUUUAUUUCUUUGGAGCUCUCUGGACUUGUCAAUGAUGUCUUUGAGAAAACAAAUAUAUAUAAAGGGGGAGCUGCUGGACUGGGAGGGGGGCUUUGAAUGGGAGAAUAGCAGCCCACUUCUUUGCCAUGGAGUGUUCAGUAGCCGUCCCUUAAUCCUCCUUUCAUUUCGCCGACAAAUGCCAAGAAUCUUGUCUGGCGACCCGAUGGGAAGCUGAUCAGCCAACAAAAGGGGAGCGGGGCACAAAGAGCAAACAGGCAGGACGGGCGGAGGGCAGGCAGGAGCCUAGAGCAGCACAUUAACACCACAGUUUUCAGAGGAAACACUCAGGACAAACAGGGAAAACAGCAACAAUGCAAAGACAACAAAUUAAUUUAAUGUCAGAGCUUUGCUUGGUCUUUAACCAAGCCUGUGGUGAGGCUUCAGGAGAGUUGGAGAGCUCCUGUGCUGCUGCUGCUGCACUGCAAAAACACAAAUCUAACCCAGUGGAUUUGUCUGAUUUGUGGCCAGAAAACCAUGAAACCAUUACACCUCACUGAAGCCACAGAGACCCAACAAAUCCAUAUAUUAUAUAUCAUUUCAAAAUAUUAAAAGCCAAAAGUAGGGUGUGUAAGAGUGACCUGCAGGUCGCUUCUCUACAUUAACACAUAAUUUAAGAACUGUCAUAAUGAUCAUACCAAAGGUACAGAGUUGUCAAGUUGUCAAUGUUUCAUUUUUUUGCAUUUAACCCAAUUGACUCUUGCUAAUAUGUGUGUCAAUUGUUUUUGUACGUAACAUUAAAGAUCACCUAGGAUAUAGCCCAACGGUAACAAGCUAAGAGGGAGCAUGUCGCCAUCUACAGUGGUGAAGUGGACAAACUCUUGUCAGUACAUUGACUCUUGCCUUGUGUUUCUAGACUAGGUUAAGAACAGUAUCCUAACAGAGGUAUAAAUAUAGCUUGACUUAAAGCUCCUGUGAGAGUUUCUUUAUGCUUGUUAAAAAGCUUUUUUAUGAUCAACAAACAAACAAACAAACAAACAAUAAAUAAAAGUAUCUACAACAAUAAUGACCUAAUCCUGAGUUUUUCAAGUCUAACACUGGUGCGAGGGGGGUAGGUGUCAGCCAAGCAAGUAAGAAAUAGCCACGCUUUUACAACUUAAACAUCAAAUAUUCACUAUGAACAAUACAGUACACAGUCAAAUAUCAUCAUUAUAAGAAUUUAGUGUGUAGAGGACAAGAUAAACAAUAGCUGCUUUGUCCACAGGGGGCGCCAAAAUCAACAAACCCAAAGUUUCUUAGUGAAGCUUUAACUGUAAAUGUAAACGUUCUGGCCUAAAGCUUCAUUGAAAUAAAAUAGAAGUCCAGUUUUCCAUGCAUACGAAACAUAUUUAGGCUAUCAGUAUUUUUAUUUUGUACAGGUAAUUUUGGGGGGAAUUUAUACCUUAUAACAGCCAAAGAGGGACAAGAUAAGAGUCAAGGAUGAAAUGCAGUAGACUGUAUGUGUACUAUACAAUGCAGAUAUGAAGGCAAGCCUACUUAGGAUAUAAAAACUAAAAUUUUCAAAAAAGAAAGGUCUGUAGGACUGAUGUUUUUAUCUAUGUUUUUCAAUCUAAAAAUGACUGGAAAUAUGCAAAAGAGAAGUUCAAAAUAUAAACUUGAUGUCUCGACGUGGACAGUCUGAAAAUUUGGCUGAAAAACAUCUUCUGAAAAAUAUCUCCUGCUGCUGUCCAGCAAAUACAUGACCCUCUGAGCACUGCAGAUAUUAGGUAUAGACUCUUCUUCUUCUUCUUCUUCUUCUUCUUCUUCUUCUUCUUCUUCUUCUUCUUCUUCUCCUCCUCCUCCUUGGCUGGCUGCAGGAUCAAACAGCGCUGCCUUUAAAGACACAUCGUCCCUGACAAAACCAAUCCUGCCUCCAAAGACAAUGAAGUCUUUGAAGCUUUAUUCUUUCAUCAUCUACCACUGAAUCUAUUUUUACACACCGGAAACAAAAAGUCUGUGUCUCUUAAAUUAAAUACCGGAUAAGAUCAUCUGCAGAUUCUCACUUCUGCACUAGAUUAAACGUCCUAUUAUCUUGUUGUCACUUGCUUUUUAACACAGAGUGGUGUUUGAUCCUUGAAAAGAUGCUCCAGCAGAUGAGAAUCAGACAAAAAAUUGGUCACGAUUGGGACAGAAAUGCAGAAAUCAGAGCUGUAGGCUGGAUAACAGAAACACUCAGGUCAUGGAUUCAUCUCUAAGACGAUUGACAACAAUCUGAAUUAUUGCAUCAGGUUAAAUCUGCAGGAAUAAAUGCUGCUUAGGCUUCCAAAUGUUUUAAGAAAAGAAAAACAACAGAAGUGAUACACAUGGAGAUGAUUUAAAACAGAUAAGAUGAAGCAGAAGGUGUGAAAAUAAAGCUGAAGUGUGUGAAACUGAUUAUUCAUAUGAGCCGUGGAUGCAAAGAUGCUCAAAUAAUUGUGUGAAUAUUUGUUUUCAGUCAUUGAAAUCCACACAUACAGGAGUGUGUGUAUGUGUGUUUGAGUGUGUGUGCAUGUGUGUGUUCUGGGAUCUAUUAGGUGGCUUAUUCAUGGUUUUCUCAUCAAUCCGAGGAGGAAAUCACAUUCACAGAACGCAUCCAUCCGCUGUAAUUGGUUAGAAAAUGACCUUAAAUAUACAGAGAUUACUGAGGCAUAAAGAAAGGCCCAGCAAAUUUCAGGGGGGUGUGUGUGCAGUAAGUGUUCAUGCUACUGAGAGGUAUGAAAAAGGAUUAAUGGCCAUUUCUCUGUCACUGCAUUCAGAUAAUUUGAGUCGCAUUUUAACAUGUUAAAGCAGGAAAAGGAGGAAGUUUGGUUCAAACUGUGUCCUCAUAGAAACGGAUCAUCAGCCUCAGUCUGUGCAGAGUGAACAGUGAAAAGUUAGGAUCACUUAAACAUUUUCAUUUAUUUCCUCAUGCAUUUGCAAAAAAAGAUUUUUUUUUUUUAAUUUUUUUUUUCAUGAUGUCCAAAAUCAAACAUGACCAUCAGCGACACGCACAAAUUAUUCUAAUGUUUUUACAGUUUACAUAUAAUAUAUUAACAUCAAGUGAAACAUUUGACUGUGAAAAGUCAACAGGGUGAGAUUUUUUGUCAGAAGGCACUACUCAAGAGGACAAGAUAAAGGCAGCUUUGUCCACAGCAGGUAACACAAAGGUUUCUCACAGGCGCUUUAAUGCCGCUAAAGCAUCAUUGCAAAAACUCAAAUCUUAGCUAGUGAUCCUGUGACUUUCUGCAGCAAAAUAUGUCUUUCAGGGUUAAUUAAAACAAAAUCCACCCAACAAGUCCAGAAAAAAAUCCCAUUUCAAAACUGACAUCUUAAAAAAUGAGACAUGAACUUCAUUGAAAGGGUGAAAAUUAAGAUUUGCAGGGGUGUGCAUGGACUCUCGGGGUCUAAUUGUGUCCCGUAUAUGCAGGUGGCCAAGAUUACCCCACCCCCACCCUCCGCCCCACCAGCAUUUCCUGAUUUAUUCACUGUUCUGUCCUCUGUCAGAAGAAGCUUUGUAAAUAAAAUAAACAUGAUGUAUCUCAAAACAGUAAAUAUAAUUAGUUGAAAAGAAAAAUCUCAUUAAAAAUUAAAUAAUUAAAUAAAAUAAGAUCUUAAAAAAUAAAAUUUUAUUGCACUUCAACAUAAAAAGAAAUCUCAACACUAACUAAAAUAAAUCCAGAUAAAAAUGUAUAUCUCAAUAAAACUAAAUACCCCCCAUAAAUAAAUAAAUAAAAUGUAAUGAAAAACAAAUAAAUUAAAAUAAAACAAAAUCUUAAUAAUUUAAAAUGAAGUAUAAUCUCAAAAAUAAAAUCAGAAAAAUCUCCUAUGAAAUAAGAUAUAACGAAUUAUUCAUGUAAAUUAAAUAAUACAAAAAAAUUAAUAAAAAAAAAUAAAAUUUCAAUAAAAAACAAAUAAAAUCUCAAAUAAAAUUGAAUGACAUAAAAUCGAAAACAUAAAGUGAAAAAAAUUAUAAAAAUGGUGAGCAGAAUAAGAAAAUAAAUAACUUUUGUGGUUUUAUAGUUUAAAUAAGAAAAUGUUCUGUUUUAAAAUUGUGAUGAGAAUUUUCUUUUCUAUCCAGGUAAAAUAACUCAAUAUAAGUACAUUUUUAAAUCUACAGUUUCUGCUGUUUCCAUGUUAAAACUUAAAGCCACUGUGAGGAACUUUUAGUUUGUGGUUGUUUUGGCGCCCCUGGUGGACAAACUAAUACCUGUUGUUUCUUUUUCUUUGUAUAUGAAAAUUAAAAACAGGAUUUAGCUUGAAGCUUAACCUGUCUUAAAAACUCUGGUCUUAAAGCCAGUAUUUUUUGAGCAUGGUUAGCUCUUUUUAAGCAGCUACAGACAGCAAACAAUCCACCUCACACUAACAUUUGCUAAUGUGUAAAUAAAAAAGUGGACCAAGAGGCCAGUCUGUUUCUGAGUGGCUGCAUUUCCCACUGCAGCAGCAGCAGCAGCAGCAGUUGAUGAACUCCUCCAAGUUUAUUAAAGAAAAGGAAACAUGAAGCAAAGGCUGGAGGCAGGCAGGCUGACAGUUUAUAAAGUGGGGGCCAUUGUGGCCUGCAGGCAGAUGCUUGAAUACCUCUGAAUAGACUCCCUCAAAGUGACACGAUUGAGCUAGACAAGAGCAAAACGCUGAAAGGAAAAGCUUCUCCUGUGCAGCGCCGAGCUGAUCGGCAUUUCUAAUGUUCCUGCUCUGAAUGAACGUGCAUCUGCAGAGAGCUGGGGUCUACUCUCUGCACUCUUUCACUGCUGUUUGUGCUUCAGACAGGCACAGAAACACACAGGUGUCAUUAGACGACAAAAACUCUGUGAUUUUAUUGAUUUUUGCCAAGUUUAUGUUCAAACAUGGAAAUGGACAUAGAGCUGCAGCAGAUCCAGCAGCAGCUGCAAGAGGUGACUGUCAAGUUUAAGUCUGACAGUGAAAAAAAGCAAAAUCCUGAAACUUGCUACCUGAUCAUAAAAACUUAUUGUGAACUUCACUACUUUUAAAAGCCACCAAAUCCUUAGUUACAAAACUCAUAUACUCAUGUCUGAUUUUUUGUUCAGACAUCACGAUACAAUACAAUACAUUACAAGAACUGUAUUGAUCCCCAAAGAGAAAUUUAUUCGUCUUGAGUCUCAUGUCUCAUGUCAUCUACUAUUUAUAGAAGAAAGUCUAUGUAGUCUGGUCUUUUUGGUACUCAUGCUAGCUUUGGCUGUUUCCCCAGAGCAUCUCUGUGGUGCUGACGACUAUUUCAGAAGAUGACAGAUUUCUUGUUUUAAGACUUGAGGAUUAUUCUCCUUCUCUUGCAGCACAUAUUUAGCAACAUGCAGUCAUGUCAUCCUCCUCUAAAAAGGUGACGAACAUCUUCACCUGUGACGCCAUUUCUACUCUCUCCUCAGUUUGAUUGCAGACAAACCCCUCCUGUGUUUGAAUGUACAGGAAAUGUAAACGUGCAAAUAAAAGCAACCUUUAUCAGCUGUUUUUAUCAGAUGAAAUCUGACUAAUAACUAAUGAUGAAAUAUUCUAAUUGCCUGUUAAUUUAUCAGACCAAUAUGUAUUGUAAAUCCUUGAAGUUAAUGCAACAAAGCGUAAAGUAAAAAAAAACAGACUUUCCCUCUUCAAUUUACAGCACAUGACUUUAACAGCUCAUUGAAACAUCAACCUGGAGGACAGACAAAUGUCUUUCUAGAAGUGUUUAGUACCUGACCAAUCAGCCAUCAUUAAAAGUGAACUACAAGAACAACUUACAACUUACAAGAACAACCAUGGGCAAGACUUUUGCUUUCAAUGUGAUGGCAACAAAUUUGCUAACUAGAUUUGGGAAUUGCUGAAAUAAUCAUAAAAUGUAUUCUACCUCUACAGACGUAGAUUUUUCUGACACUUGUGGCCAUUUUAUGUGACGACUAUCAUGACAAGAGAGGUCUGAGGACAUUCAGAGCAUUUCAACAUCCUUUAGUCAAGUGUGGGCCUGAGAUAGCUGAGAGUUUAGUGUGAAAACUGCUGAGAGUGAAGGUCCAUGGUCUGUGUGUGUGGUUUGGGUGCUGAUGUGUUAGAGAGGACCAAUAUGCCCUCUUCUUCUCUCUUUGUAACCCUGUUUAGAGUCAAACUGCAUCAGGCAGACUUCAGCACACCAAAGGUUUCUCAUCCUGAUUUGGACUGUACUCUUUUUCUUCAUCCUAAAAAUUUCAGGACUCACACUCACUUAUUCUCUAACAGUGUUACCUACUGUGUAUGCAGGUCAGGUUGUAUUUCAGAUGCACCUUUUGCACACUGUCACCUUGCUAUGAAGAUGACUUCUUUGUGUUUCGGUGCCAUUGAUACUCCAACAAAUGGGUGUACAAUAAGAAUUAAAAAUACAUAUUUUCUCUGUUUUUUUUUCUCUCAUCAGACGUGUUUUAGUUACAGUUUUGCCUCCUGUUUCUGAUGUUUGGUGUUUACUUUCACACGCCAGACUUUGCUGUUUCUUCCUCUUUGAGCCCACUGCAGAAAAGCACAGUGUUGAUUUUGGGCUGACUCUAGUCUGUCAUAAUCUGGGCAUGACAUGGGCAUGUGACGCCUAAAUUUCAAGCCUGAUUAGCAGUCACCACUCUGGCUGGAAGAGCUCAAAACCACCAUCACCCUGUGCCUCUUAUGGCCAUAAAAUCUCCCAUUUUCUGCUCUUUAGCCUCUUUAUCCUGGAAUACUUCUCACUGCCUUAUUUGUGUGUUUUUGCCCACAUACACAAAGGCAAUAAACAUGUCCUCAGAGUGUUUCUAAUCAGAAAUGUGCCCACCCCCACCCCGCUCCACCAGCUGGGAGAGUGGUGGCCAGCGCUGAGUGCAGCCAUUUUGGGGCAGCCAGCUGUGAGGGGAGCGCUCGGUUUCAGACAGCAGGGUUUAUUCUGCUCCAGAAACAGGCUGUACAGCUACUACAACCAUCUACAGUCUCUGUUUUACCUCUUCAUCCAAUAACAUGAGGUCUGAGGAAACCCCUCUAAUCACAAGAUUAAUAGACUCAGGUUUGACAAGCUGUUUCAUAUCAAAAACAUGACAUUAUAGCAGGCCCAAAGAUUGUAUAAGGUGGAUAAAAAACAAAAAUCAUGAUGACAGCUCAUACUUUUCAGAAUUUCACAAUUCUGCAGCAGCUGCUGGUUUUAAAUGUGCACAUAUUUGCAGCUGAAAGUACCAACUUCAGUUUUUGGUUGAAAUCUGGAGUGUUUAUCUGAGUCUGAAAUACAGACUCUUUUAAACUCUCUUUCCUUUGUUUAGGGCCACUUUAUGCAGGAUGCAGAAUGAUAAUGUAGAAAGUUUUUUUGUAUCUGUGCAGCUGGAGACACAAGAAGGUAUUAAGACUUUAUGUAAACAGAACAAGUUUAUGCAAGUGAUAGACAUCCAGGUCGAAAGACUACACUAAAGUGUUAAACAUGCUCCUAUAUCAACAUGACGGUAGUUAACUUUGAUUAAAGCCCUGUAGAUUCAUCCGCCCCAAAAAGUAGUCCCAAGGUAAUGCACUGUCUUCUUCCUUUGUUUUUUAAGUGUGUUUUUUGCCUUUUUUAUUGAUAUUAUUGGGGAGAUAUAGAGAGGGGGGAGGACAUGCAGCAUGUGGUCAGGGCCGGACUCGAGCUUGCGACUGCUGCAGGGACCACGGUCCUCAUACAUGGGGCAUGCUAACCCACUCAGCCAUUUGCGCUCCCCCUCUUCCUUUGUUUUUCAAAUAAAAAUGCAACACAACUGACCUAUUAGUGCUUUGAUUUCAAAGCUCCUGUGUCUAACUUUUGAUUUAAGUUGAUUUUGGUGCCCCCUGUGGACAAAGUGGUACAUUUCAUCCCAUUUUUUGAGCAGCGUAAUUUAAGGGAAAAGUUGCUUUUGUUGCUCAUCAUAAAUCUUGACAUGCAAAAUCUAAAAAGAGUCUCUUUAAUGCUGCAUUAGUCACUUCAUUUGCUUUUAUGAGUCGUACAGUGGCAUCAGCAUUAAUCUCUUAUGCUUCUAGAUUUAUUCUUCAAUAAUUUAUUUCUUAUCUUUUAGCUGCUAGUUUCUAAAUAUAUCAAUAAAGUCAUUUAAAAUAAUGUCAGAAUUAAAAGCUUCCUCUUUCGCUCACACAUGCGUUUGUCUCUGACUAAACAGAGUGCGGUUUUUCUCACAUGAGAUAGGCCCUGAAAUAGCAGAGGCUGGCCUGGAUUGUCUUAAAAAGUGACACCAGCAGGAGGAUUUUCUCUUCUCUGUGGAGUGACACUCAGAGGAUGAAGAGCUCACCUAUCCCUCCAUCUCUUACAAACAUAUCAGUGCAUUUCUCUCGCUUUUUAGCCACGAUCUGUAAAAGAGAGUCAACAAGCACAGAUCAUUUUCGUUUUCCCUGCUCUGAUUGUUAAUCUACUUUCUUCUGAAAUAAGAUUAUUCUAUUUCCCUUUAAAACUUUCUGCGAUUGCUUCCUCUAAGCCUGCAGCUGUCCACUGAGGGCUUUGCUGUGUCGAGUAUAUCUUAAGAGGGCCUCUUAUUAUUAUAUUUGCUCCCAGCUCUAAUCUUUAUCACUGUUUAUAUAUUGACAGUCUGCAAUUUUUUGUUUAUGGCUAUUUUUUAUCUGCUAAAUAAAGACACAUGCAUGCCAGUGCCCGCGGAGGAAAGAAGAUAAAGACUUUGCAUUAAUAGCAGUUUGCUAAGACAUAAUGCCCUGAUAAAGGCAGCAUCUUUGUGUGGGCUGGAUUGAGUUCAGUGCCAGUUUUAUGUUGCCUUUACUGAGACCGAGUGCGCUGAAGCUGCUCCUAUAGCUCCUCUCUGUGAGAUGUUUGUGGCUGCACUGAAGUUUUAUUUUACGGUGAAACAACAAAAGUUUGGGUUUUUACUCUUUCUUUUCUGCACAGAGAGGGAAAGUGUGCAGACAGAGUUCCUAAAUCUUUUGGCAAAUAUUUUACUCAUCAUUGUAAAACUGCCUACGUUGCACACACACUUCACUCCUGCUGCUUACUGUACACUUUUGCAGCAUUUGUUGUGACUAAAUACCAUUGUGUUGGAGCUGUAUUGGAACAAAGGCGCGAACAAUGCUGCGGCGUGUGAAUGGGAGCGUGCUGCAGAGGCAGCGGCGGCACGGCGCUGGUCUCGGCUGCAGCUCAGUUUUGCCCACUUGGGUUUGAAUAUGAGGCAUUUGUUGACGGAGUGGCUCCCCGUGCCAACUGGCAGAUUAUAUUUCACUUUCUUUUGUCUCCUUUGAAUAAUUUUUUAAAACUUUUGGCUUCGGCCUCAAUUAGUCGAGUGUUCAGACCUUCAGCUGGAAGCCCUGUAUUGUUGGUGCGGGCAGGAAAAUCUGCAAGUCAAAUGAAAAUAUGCAUUUGAAGCAAAAGUUAUACAAACCUGCAGCUGAUAUUUCACUAAGCUGUGUUACAAAUUGCAGAUUUAUUGAAUAAAAACCUGCAGAAGCAACAGAGUUGUUUGUCUGUUGAAAACAUUUUGUAGAGUUGCGAUAAAUUUGGUUAAAAUCCUUUUUCAAAAGGUGAGAAAAACACUCUUUAACGGGAUAUCUGCCUUGGCAGGCAAAGUGCGUUUCUGCUAAUAGAGAUUUAUAAGUUUGGAAAUGUCUCAGGUGUGCUCAUGCAGCUUUUAAAACUUUACUUCAUUCUGCUGAUGAGCGCUGAGUAGUGUGAUUAUGCUAAAAUGAUACCUAAAUAUAAAGAAAUCUUGCUCAUGUUGCAGCUUCCUCCCCCCUCCAUCAGCUCCAUGUCAUGCCUCGGCACCAUUUGACCUCUUUAAUUCUUAAAUAUGCGGCGGCACUUUGCUCGGCUGCUUGGCUUUACUGACUCAUUCUGGAUGUGUUUACUGAAGUCCUGCAGGGGAUGGCGGGGCUGCUUGUGCUCUUUCAUGCCUGCGGCCCCCCUGAGGAGCGGCUUCUAUUGGCACUGAAAGGCCAUGAGAGGCUCCGGGGCCUCCGUUGUUUAAGGUGAGCUCACUUUGUCAGUGAGGCAGCUGAGCAGAAAGAGGCAUCCAAAGAGUUUUCAGAGCCAAGACGAGGUGGCGAAAAGAGCCGCAGGCAGCAGCACCUCUCUGCUUCUCUCUGAGCUCAACUAUUCACACGCCUGCAGCCAAAACUCCUCCACUGCUGAGGAGGGCAGGAGAGGACCCUGUGAUUGUACUUCUGCUGCCGGGAGUUUGCAGCCUUUUCUGUCUAAUUGGUGUGUUUGACUUGGGCUUUGUAAAUGCAAGGACCAAAGGAGAAUAUGUUGAAAGAGUUAAAGGGCUAAUUCAACCGAUCCAAAAGAAGAAAAAACAAACUCGGGUUCAACUUCUUAAAGAGUGAGAUCUGCCUCAUCCUUAAUAUUGUAAGCUUUAACAGUUUAGUCAGUUCAUAUAUUUCGGUUUAUUACGGUUCACUGUAUUUAAGUUAAGCUAAAAAAUUGUGUUUGUAAUAUUCACACAGAGAACUAUUCACAAAGUGUUGACAUGUUCAUAUUUACAUAUUUACAAGUUUAAAUGCUUUUCUCUGCAGCCGCUUGUGAGGGUGAGCAGAUCAUGCAGAAUGUGUUUCUGAGGUUCAUCCACAUUUACUUUGAGUUCCUGGCCUCUGAUUCAUAAGUGCAGUGACGUGAUCAGGGUUGUCCAGGAUGUUACGUUGUUGGUUAUGUUGUGGUUAUGACAAGAUGGCUGAACAGUAAAAGUGCUGUUAAGAAAGUUAUCCAUCUCCAUUCUGCUGUUCCUCAUCAUUAGAGUUAUCCAACCACAUUACAUCGAACCUUCACGUUACAGUAUGAUGGUAGAAAUUAAAACUGAGUUUUGGAGCCUGCGCUUUUCUCCUCUUACACUUUUCAUCAAAAUAUAGUUUCCAAAAUAUCAAGUAUGUCUUUAAAAAGUAGCUUGUUAUGUUCGUGCAAAAAUAUUUGGUUGUCACACUUCUGAAUGCUGAAGCCACAUUAACCUUUUCUUUUUAUCACCAGACUCCAACUGUUGCUGCUUGUACACUAUAAGUCUGCAAAAGUGCUGUGACUGAUCUCUGCUUUCAGGCCUUGGUGCUCGGACAUAUUAUCCAUACUGGUGUAAUGUUUGCAAUGUGUGGUGGGUACACAUUGUACGACUUGUAAACAAGGAUCAUAUUCAGUUGAAAAUGGUUUUGUUUUGACUGUUUCAGGGUUUUUGAUGACUGAAAACAUUGGUAAUGAGACUUCAGAGUGAAAACCUUUGAAAACACCAUCCCCUCUGUCACCAUGUUCAGUGCACAGUCAGUGGUGUUUCUUUGUAGAGUUGUACAGGCUGGUUUGCAUACUCAAGCUUUUUGGUUGUUUUUGCAAAUGCCUGUGGACUUCAAUCAUUGUUACAGAGUUGUCAAGUAUAAAUGCAGAUUUUUGAAAAAUGAAGGUGUUUGACAAACUCUCAUUGUGUAAAACCCAGAUAAUCUGCAGUAAGAAAGGCAGGCAGAUGGUUAAAGCUGCCUUCAGAUACCACAGAAAGAGAUCCUCAUUGGAGACAUCACUACAGCUGUAUUCAAGCACAAAACUAUGUAAAUCUUUUACAGUGAGCUGCAUGUGUGAGCACAAACCAAAGCUUUCAACCUGACUUUGCAUGGACUUUUUCCAGCCUGAAGUUAGGGUGAGCCAGUGUGAGAAUUCAACAGGAUAUACUUAUACUAAUAUCAUGCAAAUCGUGAACACCCAGAUGACAGACAUGGAUGAAUAUAAACAUCUGAGAUCAAAAACAGAGACUUAUUUUCAAGACAAAGUCUGCACAUUUAUUAGUUUGCAUAGGUCUCUGUUUCUUUAGCCUCCAUCAUGUCGUAGACCCUACACUGUGGCAUGUCAAGCCUCCUCAGACUCCUUUCCCUGUCCUCCAUUCUCAUCAUCCAAUGGGAGAUUUCACAUUGUAAAGGGACAUGGGUGAAGAAACAAAUUUGGAAAUUCUUAGGUGCAGAGUUCCUGAAAACUUCUCAAAAAUUUCAGGAUUGAGAGAGGCCUGAAAAGAGUGAAGAAACCGAGCAGCUGCAGCUGAAGUGAAGCAUCAACAGGCUUUUUUUUCUGAGAGCCACACGGUUCUGCUCUAAUAAAUUCAUCAUUUGUUGAGCCAGUGUAUUCUGUCCGACUGGUCCAAGCCCACAGAGAGACACAGAAAGCAGAUCCUGAGUGUAAUUAUACUGGAACUAAUAUGAUUUUCAAAAUGACCCAUAAUUAGUUUCAUGCAGCUCUCCAGAGCUCUGUCACUCUUUGUCCCUAUGUCUUCAUAAAACCCGGAAACAGUAUUGUUGGUUUUCUCCGCCAGAACACACAGUUUGCACAUGUCAGUCUGACCCAGGACAGACUUGAGCCAUCCUUUAGUGUGAUAACUGAAGGUUUCCUGUCCCGUCCACCAACAUCAGGACAGUUUUGUUGCCCAAACGUACAAAGGCUAUCACUUUUUUCCUGCUGUUUGUUGAGGAAAACUUUCAGACUCUUGAGGAUGAAAAAGGUGCCUAAGAAAGUUCUUUUAACUCUAUUGGGUCCUCACAGGACACACCGUCUGGCACUAAGAGAAUCAGGGAGCAAAUUUUUAUCUGCUGUCACCGUUUUGGUUCAGACCGGUAUCUUUCACACCUUAUACUAGUGCAGCCAGAAGUGGUGUAUUUAGACCAAGUUUAGGCCAUACCUCUGAAUUCCCCCCCGCUGCAGCCAAUAAAGCCUCUUUAAAUUCAAAUGUCUUAGAAACCUGCAGAAGCUUUCCCCUCAAAAUUUCCCAAAGUCAUUCUUUCACAUAUGUAUGAAGGUAGUGAAGCUUUUGUUAUUGCUGUGCACACAUGGGAGUGUUGCACACGUAGUAUAUGGUAAGUUAUGUAAUAUGAAACAUCUGUAUGUUAUGUCAAACUAAAGGCCAUGUUUCUUGCUUUUUGGGCUGCUACAUUGCUAAGGGGAGCAUGUGCACUAGGCCCAGCUGCUGACUGGCCUGCACUCAUAUUUUUCUAGCUGAAAUGGUGCCUGAGCAUAAUAACCCUUUUGCGAAUAUGUCAUUAAGUUGUAAUAUAACACUCAUGACUUCAAAUCCUCAUGUAGUGUCCUUAGUUUGCAAAAGUGCAGUCUCAGAGUCAGCGUAAACAAUGGCACAAACAACCUGGCUGCAGCUUUACUCACUCGGGGGCUGAUGUGGGGUCACUUUGGUCAGAUGUGGCUCUGAAAAUGAUUGUUGAAUAUUGGUUGUUAAAUCUACAUUGCAUUCCUGUGCACCAUGCUGAAGUCCACUUCUUCUGCUCCAGGCCUGAGGUGCAUACUGAGCCAUGUAUGGUACAAGUACACCUGUCAAACAAACUGGACUACAGGGGUUAAACAUGCUUGGGCACAGUGUAGAUGGACCAAUAAGAGUGCACCCUUACAGUGCACAGCUCACCAUGAACUGAUGCUUAUAUCAACAGCAUUUUUGGUCCUAAACCGCCCCUCAGAAAAUUUAAAUGAGCUUGAAGGUGCCAGACUAAUUCUUAUUUGUGAACUGUCUGCUGAUGCCGGGAUAGAUAGUGUCAUUGAAGCAAACAACACCACAUCUCUCGAUGUCUUAAGGCCAUCUAUUACAAAGAAAGCAAGCAAUCUCAUAUUAAUGCAAAGAAGGCAGAAAAUACAAGAAAACAAACUCCUGUCUAACAGCGUUUCAGAGCAUGAUCUGGUUCUGCUGAUUCAUAUCAAACAAAUGCAGAUGUUGCCUUACCCCUGCAAAAAAAAAAGAAUAUCCUGCUGCUGAUUUAAGCUGAUUUUGUACACUGACUCUAGUAUUUGAAGACUCAGUGUGUAUCGGUCUUUAGCAUUCAGGUUGCCACUUGUAUCUUGAGAAAGCUCCGACAAACCAGGCCCACAUGUACCCUCUGGGAGUUUAUGCAUUCACUGCCAAAAAACUCAUUUAAUCACAAUCACAGACUUUGUUCUGGCUGAUUCAGUUUCAGAUUGAUUUCCCAGCUCUUUAAAAAAAAUGAAAUAAAAGCAGGUUUCUAUCUUUGGGCUCAGAGGGACACAGCUCACACACUCUGAUCUCAGUGCACGUCGUGGCUUUCAUAAUUGGGUAUUAAUUUGGUGAUAAAUCAGUCUCCCUGCAACAGGGGAAUGGAUUUACAGCCAUCAUUAUUAAGUAAUUAUAACGUCCCAUUUUACAUCAACAAUGAACAUCAAAUGGCUUUGGAUGGAGCUGGACCAUAAUUGUUUAAUUAGAUUUGUUUUUAUUAGAGAAAGGCUGGGUGUGUGUGGGAGUGUGUGAGUCUGUGUGUGUGUGUGUGUGUGUGUAUGAGUGUGUUUGCAGUAGGUGCAUAUAAAUCCAGUGAUCUGAUCAAAUAAUAGAGGAAGGAUGUGUUUCUAUUCUAAUCGUAUUCUCUGUGUAACAACAAGCAGGCUGUUGAGUGGAUGCAAAGUGUACAGUUUGUUAUUUAUACUGCAGCACAUUUGCACACCAUGCAAGUGUGUGUGAGGAGCCGCACUGUGCUCUAUUUUCCUGAUAAGACAUAGCAUGCCAAUUGAGGGAUCUGGUGGAGACAAAGAUGAAGUCCAGGUUUAGCCCCUCUAUCGGCUCUAGGCGUCUGUCUCAUUAGCAUAAUCUCUGCUUUCCAUUAUCAGCUGGAGAGAGGAGCUGACCCUCCUGAUCCACCGGCCUGUCAAACUUUAUUCUCCUCCAUCCCUGGGAUCCGUAUUGUGCUGCCGUCCACAGCGAGCGAGGAGCUGCUGCAGGCGUGCAAAACCACAAAAAAAAAGCAGCCGAGCAGUUCAGGUUGUCAGAGCGGAGACGGCCGCUCGGACACUCGUGACGCUGUGGACAUGUGACGUGCACUUUCAUUUACAUGUCCAAUCACAGAGAGCUCUGCUUCUCAGCUCUGCUUCUCAAAUCCGCUCUCAGAUGACCCAGUUUUGACAAAGUCUCUUCUCUGCAGAGGGAAACUCAAAAGAAAAACAUAAAAUAUUCCAGUUCAAAUGGAAUUUUACAGGUUGAACACGGACAUGAGGCUGUUUCUUGAGCUGAUGUUGGCUCUGGAUGUGAGGCUUCUUCUUCAACCAUCUACUCAAAGCUAAAACUGAAUGUUUUCUAAGUUUGUAAGCGUCAUCUGUGCUUUGACAGUGUAUCACCUUGUUGUAAAUGGUGGUCUGGAGAUGUCACACUCAGGAUAGGAAGCUCAAAUGCUGUUUCUGCUUUGCAGCAGGUUCUAAGUAACGCAAAUAUACACUCAGAAGUAUUUCAAUGGUCAAAAUCUCCCAACUUAGCCUGUCAUGACAUCAGACUAUCACCUGAUGACUGGAGCAGCUAUAAAAUAUCAGGAUAGUAAUAAUAUUGCAAUAUUUACAUUGGUUUUGGAGCCACACUAAAUCUAGAAAUGACAGUUUUGAAAACUAGCGUAUCAUUUCUCAGAGGGAUGCUACAGCUAGCCAGCUAGCAUCUGCUGCUUCUUUGUCUAUCAUCUGUUUUAUGAAGUGUGGCAGCCAUCAACUUUUAAACCUUAGGUAAAUUAUGAAUUUUACAUCAAAUCACUUUAGCCACAACAGCCAACAUGCACUCUCACACUCCUGCAGAGUCUGUUAAUGAACCCUCCUUUGCCAAGAUCCAGGACCAGGUUUUGGUUAUUUGAAAGUCUGGUGUUUUUGAAAGUGAUGCCUAGUCUGAACGUUAUGUUCUUCAACUGCUGGAGUGGACUCAUUGCAAAUGUUGGUUUUGCAGUUGGAGUUGCUGUAAAACAAAUACUUUGCAGUUCAGGCAAGGUUAAGCCAGUCCAUAUUUCACUUUAACAUAGACAAGAUCUUUCUUUUAGAAGCGGUCUGAAUGUUUUGAACAUCACUCCUUUGGUGAACUGUUCUGAUCAGUAUUGUGCAUUUUGAAACUCUUGAGUUCAUGCAUACUGUGUGUUUGAUUCAUGUGGGCUGGUCGGGUUGGGGGUCACUCGGAGGUUGCCUGCCGUAUGGUUUUGGUCUGGGGGGCUGCUUUUUUGACAAGACCGGGUGUGCAGCCUGCUGGAAAUUCAAAAAGAAGACUUCUACCAAAGCAUGGAUUGAAACACAUGAGAGGAAUAAACGCACUUCAUAAACAUGACUCCUAAACUGCUAAAGUAGAAGUUCUUCUAAGUUAUGUCACUCAUAUUGGGUGAGAUUACUUACUGUAUAUAUAUUGAAGAUACUACUUAAUUCAGUUCAAAAUACUCCUUGUCAUUAUGUUACGUUUUCAGCAGGAAACCAUCAAAGCAGGGGAUGAAUGUUAAAACAAAGGUACAGGUGAUGCUUCAGUCAAAUAUUUCAACUUGAUGUGAUCAAAUUAGACUAAAUAGAAACAUGGAGCAUAAAGGGAAAUGCAAACAAAUGCACAGUAGCCCAUUUAAAGUUUUUUUGUAUCAUGGGAACAGCAUAAAGGCUGCAAAACCCUCAAAAGUCCUACAUUUAAAAGAAAGGUGACGAUUGGUUUGAGAAAAACAGAUACAAUAUGAAAAUGCUCUUUUUCAUCACUUUAUCCUGCAGUGGUUGUAAAAUGUCAGAUGAUUUCAUCUAAUCUUGACUCGCAGUAGGUGUAAAUAUGAUCUUUCGUAAGGUGACUGCUUUUGUUGUGAGGUGAUUGAAAAUUAAAGAACAUAAUAGACAAACAAAAAACAGCAAGCCUCACAGCCGUUUGUCUCAGUCUGAGGCCAAAUCCAUCCAGUGUGAGCGAGGAGAAGCAAAGAAGCCUUGUUGUGUCCUCCAUCCCUCCCUCUCUCCCUUUUCUCCCACCUCUGCCCCUCUCCUCCUUUAAAUCCAGCAGCAUGUGGAGGGAAAACAAAUAGAGUCCAUCCCGUCACAGCAGCACCCGCAGGACUCGAGGUGCCUUUUGGAAAGUGAUCCCAGCCCACUGCAGCGGCCUCAAGUGUUGUCACGCCGAGUUAGUGCCAAAUUGCUUUGCAGCUACCCCCCCAACCUCUCUCCUCUCCCAUCCCUCCCCCAGUGUAACAGCAACAAACAACACAUGUACUGUAUGGAGGCUUCCUCCAAAGAUGUGCAUGUGUAUAAAACUACAUAUUCUUCUUACCUUGGUUUUUAGGAAAACAAAUCUUUGCAGGGACUAAACGGUAGAAGAAUUGAUUUAAUUAAUGCAGCAGCAUGUCCUGCGGCCACAUGUAAUCCUUUGAGAGUUCUCUAGCGGGAGCUUUUUUGGAGGGGGGACAGCCAAGGGGGAAUACAAAAAGAUAUUCUCGCUGAGACUCUUCCAGUGGCCUGUAAUGGGAGCUGCGCACUAAUCCCAUAAUUCCUUGUUUAAUUAAACUACAGAGCCGACCCUGUAGUUGUCUAAGCCAGUCUGAUGGGCCUUUUCUCUCUUACUUCUUAAGAACACGAUGAAGUUGCGCAAACAAUGAAUACACUGAAACAAACAAACCAAUAAACAGGAGAAAAAUAAACAUGUCAGUCAGAGCCAACAUGCAGAAUUUACUGUUUUUUUUUUUACCUUUUCUUUUAAAAACCCCAUGAGGAGUCCAGUUUCUGGAGUUUGGAAGUGUAAUGUUGUCCCAUUCUUGCCUAAUAGAGGAUAUUAGCUGCUCAACAGUUCAGGGUCUCCUUUGUCCUAUUUUCAGUGUCAUGAUGCUCCAAAUGUUUUCCAUGGGGACAAGUCAGGACUGCAGGCAGACAAUUUUAUCAGCAGGACUCUUCUACUACAGAGCCAUGCUGUUGUAAUUCCUGUUGGUAUUUUGGUGAGCCGCGCAGCCCGGCGUAAGUAUCCCCCCUCCCUAACUCAGCUCCUCCCGGCAGCAUAAGUCAUAGACGGGGAGGAGAGAGGGCGUGGAGUCGGUUUAACACAGCCGAGAACUGUUUUCACCAAUCAAAUAAGCUCCUCUCCUUGCCUUUAAAUCCGCCACCGGCGAGGCGUAUUACUAUUUUCAUGAAGUAGUCAAAGAGAUCAAGAGAUGUCUGAAGACAGUUAUGCCACACGAUGGCGACAGAGGGCAGCUGCUCAACAAGUGUCCUCCACACUCUCUCAUCUGAGCACAGAUGGAUUUGGUGUGCGUAAUGUUGGACCCACUGGUAAGACAAACACCCUUUUCCACAAAUAAAGACACUCACAUAAAGUUGCAUAUAUUCAAACCUCACGUGACAAAGGUGGGUUGAGCGCACAGAUCACAACAUAAACUCCAAAAAUGGCAUUAAAAUCAGAACCAUCUGUGCGUAAAUGAUGCAUCGCGCUCCGUGGCCUGGCUCUUUCUUUCAUAGAUGUUGGCAUAUAAAAUAAAUUUGGCGCACAAAACUGAAUAUUAUAAUAUCCGUAUGUCGGCUUAAAGUAGAUAACGCAUCUGAGCACUGAAACAAAUCAUCUGUUCAGCCGCAGCAGCUGCAGCAAGACGGACAGAGGACACGGAGACGUGUCGAUACAGUGACGUAUGUCGAUACGCCGCCGGUCUACCAAAAUACUACUAGACCAGCUGCGUUCCGCCUUGCGCUGAAAGCUGACCAGGUUUGAAUCGGCGAGCUUUCAGCGCACGUUACACGCCGGUGGUGAGCACGAAAAUGUCACUGCGCCAGCUGAUUCUGUCAACACCUCCCCCUGCCACGCCACCACGCCCAGCUUGGCGGAUCUCGGCUCGCCUCCGUGCGACUCAGUCCACGAAAAUACCAAACUCGCCUUACGCCGGGCUCCGCCAGACGAAAAUACAACUGCGCGGGGCUCGCCGCCCUCCGCCGCCUCACCGGCGCGAACGAAAAUAGAGCCCUUUGUCUGGAUGUCAGCAGAUGUUGCUCCCAAACCUGUAGAUAUUGUUCAGCAUUAAUGGAGCCUUUGCAGAUGUAGAAGAUACCCAUGACAUGGACUCUGAUGAUCCCCAUACCAUCAGGGAGGCUGUCUUUGAACCGGGAGUUGAGAACAAGCGAAGUGAUCCCUGUACUCUUGAGAGAGCAGGGUGCAGUGUCCAUGAUUUCCACAAAGAAUGUCACAUUAUGGUUCUGCUGCUGUUUUUGAAUUAUGUUUCUACCUGGUUUCCUCUUUGCAUGGUUCAGUUUGAAGCUCAUUUGUGGACGCAGCGAUGAACUGUGUCCACACAGUGUUUUUUGGAGGUGAUUUGCAGUCCAUGCAGUUAUUUCCACUCCAGAGUCAUGUCUGUUUAAAUGCAGUGCCACAGUCUUGAUUUUGGUCCUCGGCCCUUUAGUACAGAGAUUUCUCCAGAUUCUCUGAAUCUUUUAAUAUUUUGUUCUGUAGAUGAUGAAAUCCACUCAUUCUUUCACAUUUGACACUCAGGAACAUUAUUCUGAAACUGUUGAACUAUUAGCUCACACAGUCUCUCACAGAGUAGAGAACCUCUUCCCAUCUUUCCUUCUGAGAGACUCAGCCUCUCUGAAUGUCCUUUUUAUAUCAAGUCAUGUUACUAACCUGUGGGACAUUAACGUCAAUAAUUAGAGAUGUUUCUCCAGCUCUUUUUUUUUGUUUUUGUUUUUAGCAUUACACAAACGUUUCAGUGUUUUGUUGUCCCUGUCUAAACUUUUUUGAAUUAGCCCGUUUGCAUCAAAUUUAAAUUGAACUUAUAUUUUUUGUAAAGCAACAUCUUUUUCAGUUUAAACAUUUCAUAAGCUGCCUUUGUAUUAUUUUCAGUGAGAUACAGGGUUAGGGUUUGGCAGACAGCUUUGUGUUGUAUCUGACAGUUGAUGUAAUUGACUUACAGUUGACCUUCAGAAAGUUUAGCAGCUGUUUUUUCCCCUUUUCAUCCUGUUCAACUUUUCAUUUUUUUAGCAGUAUGUUUAUUUUUUUGCAUAUUUAUAUGUGUUUUUGAAUUUACCUCUCUUCUUUUGAGCAAAAACUCAGUCCAAAAGGCAGACAAAUAACAAAUCCCCAACAGUGUCUGCUGCAGUACCUUGGGUUGUUUUUUUAACCUCUGGGCGCCGGGUUGGAUUUAAUUUGCCUGAAAUAAAACAGAGGUGUUUUGAGGUCAGUCUGCAGCUCUCUGUUUGGGAUUUCACUCUCUUACUGUCAGGAGGGGGUGAAGUGAAAAAAUGAACAACUCUUUAGCCUGCACCAUGUUGUAUCACCCUGGAUAGAGAUUGACAAAACUAUGUGUUUUACUGCAAUAACCAACUUUUAUCAGAUUUUUUUAAAUAUUAAAAUGCAAAAAAGUCCUGUAAUGAAACAGAUGAUUUUCCCCACUAUUAUUUUUGCUGAAUUAUCUUUUUGGCAUUUCUUGUGAGUUUUCCCUUUUCAAAUGAAACCCAAUAAUGCAAAAUUAGGAUCAUAUGGAGCAGGUUUGGAUGUUUUUGUUUAGAAAAAGUGAAAAUGUCUUUGGUGUACUUGAUUACUACUCUGCAUCACUUGGCACAAUGAAUUGAUUUAAUUGCAAAAACAACAAUUCAUAAGAUUUAAAGUUAGAAGUUUACAGUUAAAGUUGUUGUCUACAUAUGUAUUUCUCUUAACGCACAGUAGUUCAUUUAACUUAUUCUCUUUUUACUUUUUAUUUCUCAGUAUCUUUCAAGAUUUGUAUUUCAAGAUCUAUAAAACCCGAAUUCCAGCACUUACUUGUAUUUUAUUAUUAUUAUUUUUUUAGAUUUAUGUACUUAUUCAUUUUUUUAUUUUUAUUUUUUUUUGUUAUAGCUCCAGAUUUUUUUUAUUUAAACAAAGUAAUAGGAAUAUCCAGCUGUAGACGGGGUUUUGAGGGAAAGGGGUUGUUUGUAAUGUUUCUCCUAUGUAUAUCUGAAUAAAACCAAUAAAAAUAUUGUUGAAUCAACAGUUAAAAUUGAAAAAAGAAGAGGACAGUGGCAGUAGAAGCUAAGUUUAGAGCCAUUUGUAGAUAAUUCUAUGAGUAAUAAUGUGUAUUGCAUUGCAUGAAAAUUUUCCUAAUAAAGAUGUGGUUUGCAACCUGACUACCAAAAUGAUGCCAGUUAAAGGCAUGACAUGCAGUAUAUUUAAAGUACAUUUAUUGCACACAGACACGUGCAUUAGUUCAGGCAGAGUUAUCCUGCUUUAUUGAUCCCAGAUUGAAAUUUUGAAGCUGAUGAGACAGGAAUGUUUUGUGUCUUUACCUUUAAAAAUAACUGACAAAAAUCAUCCACGUACCACCUGCUGUGUUUUAGCCUGGACUCUCUUCCUGGUCUGAAGCAGAUAUCUUCAUGCAUCAGAUAAUCCAGCUUCUCUCUGCACAGCAGCCUGGACUCAUUGUGUGAUGAGUGAAAUCAGCUGCACAAUAAAUAUUUUGGGAUAUUUUCAGCCUGCUGUUGUGUGUUUGUCUGCUCCGCCCUGAGGCCCACAGACAAAGAAUGAAGCUACACACAUCACCAAGGUGGUCUGGAGAGAUUAGCACCCCUUGUUACACCCAAACUCUCUCACCCUGCCCCGAGGGAUGCUGGGAUAUGCAGAUUCUGAAUGUAGAAAUAUAUAUGGUAUCACAAGCACAUGAAUAUUGUUUUGCCUCAUAAAUAAUCAUACAGAGAAAUUCUUGGAGGCCGAGCUAUUUGAAGCAUCAAACAUCCCUCCUUACUCUGCAUCUCUCUCUUGGUUUGCGGGGAGCUGUGCUGCACUUUUUGUUGCUGGUGCACGAUGAUGCAAUCUGUCAGUAAUGGAAAAAAAAGACUGAAACACAUACACGUUAUGAAACAGACAGAUUUGAUUUAUUUUUGGGUAACCAGGAGAAAUCACAGCAGCUACAUUGAGGUGACUCUGUUGUUUCCCCUGUUUUGUGUCUGUCCAGGCAGCCGGAUGGACGAGGUGUCGGACGUGGAGUCAGAGCCAGACCUCCCCCUGAAAAGGAAGCAGCGCAGAAGUCGGACCACGUUCACGGCGGAGCAGCUGGAGGAACUGGAGAAAGCCUUCGAGAGGACCCACUACCCCGACAUCUACACCAGAGAGGAGCUUGCUCAGAGGACCAAACUCACCGAGGCCAGGGUCCAGGUAAGACACUCACCUGUACAACCGUGCACUCAGUCUUUUUUUGAAAAUCCUAACAGUUUGUGCCAGGCCUUGAUUUGCUGCCCCAACUUUCAUCAUCCUUUAUCUUGAUCCUUGAUUUUGUUGAAACAGCUCCCAGUUUCACACCAUAUAUUGUUUAUCUCACUCAUAUCUGACAGACUCAUGACUUCUGAUUUCUUUAUCACACUCACACAGAUCUCUCUCUGUCUAUUACUGAAGUGUACUCUCAAAACCAGAUUUCAAAUUCACACACUGAAUCUGACUAAAAUUCACACACAGACUCAGUAAAACUCCUCAGACUCUGCCAGCUGUUCUGGUCUCAGCUGAGGAACCUGUCUCUGGUCUGGUUUGACAGCUCCUCAGAGGAAAUUCAGCAGAGGUCUGACAACAGCUGUGAGGUGUUCAGUGGUGGUGGUGAGGGGGGCUGCAUUCCUCCUGCAUGUCUCACUGCCCAACAUCUUGGCUGGAAUCUGUGUUUCCCACCACUUUCAAGCCCACCACUCAUUGUAAAACUCACAGAAGAUCACAGGCAGACCCGGCUGUCUCACGGGGGCUUUAAUCCUCCACAGAUACGUGGGUCAAUCAAGACUCAGGAAGAUCCAAAGAGAGGGACAGGAACCAGUCUGGCAUGAAAACCAGUCAACCUAGCUCUCACCCCUGCAGAUGUAAGAAUCACCAGAAAACCUCCACUGGAUAUGAUAAAAUCAACUUUAUUUUCAUUUAAUUCAAAGUUUUAAUUAGACAUUUGACCAAAGUUCACCAUGUUCACUCUUCAGCUGUCAAAAACAAUCUGUCAGCACUAGGAUUAUAAAGUUUGAACAUCUGUUCUGCCCGACAAAGAAGGUCAAGAGAGAAACAAUUUACAGUUUUCCAGCCAGACGAGUAACUGUGAAACAAAAAGAACCUUUUAAAUCAUUAUAAAUCACCUAUAAUGACUGAUUAUUCAACAUCCAAAACAAGGAUGUUUGAUUAAUGAUGCUGUCCAAUUAAAAAACCCAAAAUAAUAAACCCCGGCCCUGCUGUAGUGGGGAGUAAAUAGCAGGUGGAGAACAUGCAGCAAAGGGUGGUGGCUGUUUUUGUAGUAAUUGUUGUUGUGAGGACCAUAGCCUGUAUCUGUGGGGACUUGAGACCUCUAGGCUACUGGUGCCACAAAAGCAAGGUUUUUUAUGCUCGUAAAUGAUUACUCUUGUUUCAAAAAAUUAUAUAAGACCAUAGUUUUGGACAUCAGAAGAUGUCCUGAAUCUAUUAUGUGUGAAGUUUAAUGAGUAUUAGGUCUGACUUCACUACUAUAAGGUCUAAUAUUUUGACCAUUUAUGAUUUCAAUCAACAACUGAAGUAUGCAAAAUUAUUUAUCUACCAGUAAGAGUCACAGUAUGUCAUGUCUUUGUGGUUUAGGGGUUAAACUUAUAUUUUGAAAUCUUAGUCUAGCUCAGGCAAACAUACAUAAUACCAGAGCUGACCCUGCUAAUGUAUACAAGACAAAACUCCCUCUGCAUUCCUGAGACACGAUCACAAAUCAGCUGCUGUACACCUGAUGGUAUUUAUACACUUAAUUUGUGGUAAGAAAAGGGAUGUGAUGAAAUUUAAUUGACAGCUCUGUUAAAAUCCUGUUAGUAUUUUAGUGAUUUAAGUCAAAGCUGUCAUCACUGGCUGGUGAAGGUCCAAUAAUCUUGAUGGUUUUCUGCUUUUUGACAGUAGAUGAAGAGGUUUUAUUGUACUGCUAAAAUGUUUGGACAAGAGAAGCUUGUCACUUUGGGUGACCAUUUUUAAUAGCUGAAAAUUUUAAUUUCUAGCUGGGUUGUAAUUCAUUGAAUGUUUUGACUGGCAGUUAUUGAAAUCUAUUAACAUUUUUAAUCAUUCUAAGUUCAGUAGAGUGCUUUUUCAUCUUUUUCCUGUAUGCGAACUUGAAAUUCAUACACUUGAAAUUCAUGUUUGACUUAGCACCUGGUGGCACGGGUAUUUUUCCAUGAAUGUGCACAUACAAGGGUGCAUGCAUGAAAUAACACUUGCAGGGUUCCUGUCUCCUGUCGAUGUGGUCAGCUGGAGGUCUCCCUUGUCCACACUCCUGUCUCCGCUCUGCAGGAGUUGAACCGUUAGAGUUGAUCAGUCGCUCUCUUCUUCUUCUUCUUCUUCUGCUCCUCUUGCAGUAGUUCCUCGGGGCGACAACACCUGUUCUAAUUAUUUGAGUCUCCUCUUCAGAAAUAGGAGACCAAAUGAUCAGCUCCACUUGAAAGGCAUGUUUUCAUUUUGCACCAAAUGAAAAAGGAGGAUUCCUGGAGAAAGUGGGCGGGUGGGAGGCUGGAGGCGAUAUAUGGAUUCCUGCUGCAGCCCUGCAUGUGUGUGUGUGUGUGUGUGUGUGUGCAUGUGUGUGUGUGUCUCUGCUUGUAUUAACUCAUGUGAGCAGUAUUGUGUGGUUUGAUUUGAGGGUUACAAAUGAUGAAAAUGCAGCUACCUGUGUGUGAGUAUGUGUGUUUUCCUGCACGUGUGUGUGUGUAAGACUCAGACAUUGCAGCAGGCGCAGACUGAGGCUCUGAGUGUGUGAGUGUGUGUGUGUGUCGUGCAGAGCGGCAGGCUUGUACUCGCUCUGAGCUUCUGUCUUUAAGUUGCUUUAAUUAAGAACUUUGAAAUUGGUGCCCCGCCGAGUUGAAAAAGAGAAACAGUUUAGCUUUUGGCGAAACACCCCCCUUUGUCAUUUCACAAUCUGCCUGAUUGUGCAGGAGCAGUAAGAAAUAGGUGUGUGUGUUGAACCUGGCCCCGUGUUUGACAUCUUUUUAAACCCUUAAGAAAUAACAAAGCAGCUUUAAAAACAAGAUGAUUGGGACCUUAAUGCACUUUUAGUUUAUAUGCGUUACCUUCAAAUAUCUAAAAAGCUGCUGGGGGGUUUACUUUUAUGAUAUUUUGUGUGUUAUGAAUCUUCGGUGAGGACACUGCAUUAAAUUUUAACUAAUCUCAACAAGAAGCAUGCCAAACAGUAUGUCAGAUUUAGCUUUAAGAUCAUUCUGAGAUGGUUACUUUGUGUUUUAAGUUCAAGGUGCUGUGUGUUAAGGUUUUCUGGGUCUCUUGGCAGAUCUUCUUUGUAAUUUGAUAACAUUUAUAUUAUGAUUUAUAGAUAAUGUUUAUUGUAAUAUUCUACAUCUGUUUCUUAUAACUGAAUUGGCAUCAGUUGUCUGUCACGGCUGCAGUCCAUGACUUUUACUUUUGGAUUUUUCAUAGAUGAGCCACCUCAGAUCAGCUCACAUGAUGCUAGCAUAAAAAGAAAAACCUGUGCCCCUGUUUUGUUGUUUGCAGCAGUUUAAAACACCAAAGAUUGGGGUUAAUGCCUGUGAUGUUGGGUUAAUGUUACCUUAAACUAACUAUACGUCUAAUAAGAAGACGCAAAAUUAAGUGAAGCUUCCUUCAUUUACGCUGUAUAUCAAUUAGUGCUGUUGCAAUACACUGGUAUUGAUUAUAACAGUCUUUUUAAAAAAUAAAGUAUUAAUAAUUUGUUGAAAAUAAGCAUAUACUUUAACUUUAUAUAAGUGAUGAUUAAUACUGUUGCCACAUGUCAUAAAACAUAGAGUAGACAAAGAAGAAACAGCAGCUGUUAGCGAGCUACUUUUAGCAACUCUCUGAGACAUGAUGGUAGACACUUUGAAAAAAACUACUUUGGGGGAUUUAUUGUGAAUCCGAAAACAACCUCAGAGCUUGUGCCUCUUCAGGUUGCAAAUAAAUUGUAUAUGUAUUCCUACUUUGUGACUCUUUUUUUAACUAUUGUCAGUCAAAUGUGUUACUUAUGAUUGACAGGAAGUAGCUUAUAUUUUAAAACUAGAGACAUAGUUUAACGCUUUUGGAAAUGAAGUAACCUGAACACCAGAGGAAUGUCAAAUCCAGUUUUCUCCAAAGAAGUUUUGACGCUAGUUUUAUCAAAGUUCAACACACUCAUGCAUUCACUCUCUCUCAGAUCAAGUUUCUAGAUUAAAUUAAAACUAUUGUGCCUCCAGGUUUUAAAUCCUCUAAACUGAGUGUAAAACCUGGAGGCUGGGAGUGUGUUGGUCACUUUGAUCGGUCAUGUGAGCAGUGUUUAGCUGAGCGACGUUGACGCCUCCUCUCCCUCCUCUUUUGGCUCCAUUCAUCCUUUUGAGUCUGAAUUCAGCCAACUGGAGUCAAUGAGGAACAACGCAUGAUUAAACACACACACUCACUCCAUUUGCACAUAAUAAAGAGCACACACACUCCACUGACACACAGUUUACUUUCUCUUCCGUGCCAAAGAUCAAUCAGCUCUUUUUCUUUUCCUUCCCUGACCCUCAGAAGAGGUGAUGAUUUUGGUUGGUGCUCUCUUUUUAGGUGUGGUUCAGCAAUCGGAGAGCAAGGUGGCGAAAACAAGCCGGAGCCAAUCAGCUAGCAGCAUUUAACCACCUGUUGCCGGGUGGAUUUCCUCCCACGGGGAUGCCAACACUUCCUACGUACCAGCUGCCAGAGUCCAGCUACACGACCAACACUCUGCCCCAAGGUAAAGCUGAUACCAGUUUCCACCCACUGCGCACAUUUUAUUACACUCAUUUACUUAGUGCCAUUUUGACCCUGCAGUUAAUUCUCUAUUACUUACAAAGUUUGUGUUAUUAAGAAAUCCUUUCCAGAACAGUUCACAUCAGGAGGUGAAUUCAAGAGUUCAACUCAACUCAACUCAACUUUAUUUGUAAAGCACUUUAAAACAACCACAGCUGAACAAAGUGCUGUACAUAAAUAGACAAAACAUGCAGAUGUAAAAAAACAAUCAAAAAACAAUUAAAACAAUAGAUAAAAUAAAAGCAGAAUUGAAAAGUAAAAUAUAGUUUCAAUGUUUUUAAAAACUAAUUUAAAAACAUAGAAACAAAUAACUAAAAACAAACCAUAAAACACUGAAACAGGAGCCGAGUCUCAUGCAGGGUUAAAAGCCGAUGAAUAAAAAUGGGUUUUAAGACGAGUUGUCAAAUUAAUUAAUAAUAAAUAACUUUUGACAUUAAGCAAACAGCCCAUCCAUAGACAUUAUUGCUCAAAAAAAUCAAUCACAGCAUCUGUGACUUAGCAGUAGUUUGUCUGUGCAUUAAGAUAUCAUAUGAAAUGAUACGAAACAAUAUGAUACGAUACAUUAUUGUUGAUUCAUAUUUAAAGUACAGGUAAAGGUGUUUUCUUUCCUAAAUGCUGCUGAUCUGUGAGAGAACAAUGAAUGUAAAAGAAAAAUUGUCGAAAUAAUUAGAAAACAAAAGCAAGAAGUAAAUGGUAAACUACUUUAAAUGUUGAACUUUUGAAAUGCUGAGUCUGUUUUCCUUCACAGACGGUGGGGCUACGGUCCACCGCCCUCAGCCCUUACCUCCAUCCACGAUGCACCAGAGCAGUCUGUCCAGCACUGAUAGCAGCUCAGCAUACGGCCUGGCCUCCAACCGCCACAGCUUCACCAGCUACUCCGACACCUUCAUGAGCUCUGCAGCACCCAGCAACCACGUCAACCCCGUCAGCAACGGCCUCUCCCCACAGGUAAGACCUGCUGGAUGGACUUUAAAAGAGUUAUGCCUUUAGUACUCAAUGCUGAGCUGUAGUGUAUUUUAGUAUGACUUUGACAUUUUGGAUUGGCUUGUUUGCUGCCUGCUGUAAGUUAAAACCAGAGUACAAAUCAGGGUCAUUUUAUGGUGAAACUGGUUAUGUAGUGACAGUGCAGGUAUUGAUCUGUUGUGUUUUUGGUUUAGAAAGAGAGAAGAUGCCUUCUGGUUAUCGCAAAAUGAUCUCAAUUUGAGACUGAUAGCAGUCUCAAAUUAGAUGCGAUUAUGUCCUGAAGCUGUAGGAGGUUUCUGUGCCUUCAGAGGUGGAGGAGGCUUUUGUGUUUUUGAGUCUUUUUCUGAUGUAGGUCAGCUGAUUAAUAAAAGCUGGUUUUCAUAUAUGCUGCUGUAUAUUUUUAAGGAUUCAGAUCUGACAAAUCUCAGUCACACUAAAGCAUUUGAGAAGGAGUAUCAGGAGCAUAAAAGUCUGCUUGAGAUUGCAUACAGAGGUGAAUUAAUCAUGUUAAAUUCAAAGAAAACUAUUAAACCAGGAGAGUCCAGGUCCAGUUUGCAAAGAUAAUGUUAGUGUGAAUUAUAGAUUUGUGAGUUUUCUAAGAUGAACAGCAUCAGAACUUCAGGCCAUUUCUUGCAGCUUGUCAGCCCUGCUCUGAAUCCUGACUUUAAACUACUCAUUGCUUGGUGUUUGCGCGGUUUGUCUCAUUCAGAAAAUAAAGAACUGUGUCAGCCCGUCUGUGUCCACACUGACAGAGAGAGGGAGAGAGGAGGGAGGGAUUCCCCAUGUUAUCCUGUCUCUUAAACAAUAACCAUUUCAAAUGAGACUGUAUGUGAUGAGGAGGGACUGUUGUCUGGCUUAAACCAACAAACACUCAUCGCUGACAGACUAGAGGAGAAAUUUGAUUCACAAACACACCGGGCAGUCAAGCCCAAAAAAGAGAGACAAGAUCCUCCCAAGAGCCAGAAAAUAGCUGACAUGGUGUCAAUGAACUGGUCUGAAAUGACUCUGAAAUUCUUGAUACAUUAUUGAUGAUGUUUUAAUCAGAAAUGCUUCAACAGAUGGACUUUUCUUUUUCAUUUUUCUUGGUAAACAAAGUGAGGGAGAUGCCAGGAUUAGAUGGUUUAACAGAAGAGUGCAGCAGGUAGUUGCAGAUAAUGAAGGUAUAAAUAUAUGGCUUUGGUUGACAACAUUAAUAACAUUCUUUGACCCAAACAACUACUUAGCAAAUGAUAGGCAGAUUAUUCAGAGUCCCCUCGUUGGCUUACUUAUUGAUUGGUUGCAACACCUGUCUACAGAAAGUGCAUCACUCUGGUUUUCUCUGCCAACCAGAUAAACAUCAGUUGCAUGUAGUCCCUGAACACUGGUCCACCUUGUAAAAGGAGGCAAGGACUCCCUUACAAUCUCAUUGGCUGUUCCUAAUGCCACCCAAAACUCCUUAACUAUUAUCAGCCCUGUCAGAGGCAGAGCUUGUGUUGUAAUUAAGUAGUAUGGAUUGUGCCAGAACAGGCUGUUGUAAAUUUUGUUGGAGUUAAAUAAAGUUUUUUUUUGCAAAUGUCACUGAAGGUGUGAAGGUUGCUGCUGGAAACCAUCUGCACAGACUUCACUGCUUUGUUUAUCUAUAAGCGCAUACGCGUGUGUGUGACUUAUGCGCUCCUCCUGCAAAGUCAACAUUGCGGUUUGGCCACCCUGGUCCCAAAAGUCUAUUCACACAUUUUUCUGUGAAAUCGUCAUCUUUAUUGAUCACGGUUCUCAUAACAUCAAACAUCAUUGCUCUAUCUUUUGUACGAUUAGUGUCAACUUCAACUGAAUCAUGUGCAUGUUAACAAUUCAAUGAAUAAAUACGAGAAAACAAAGUCAUGCAUUGCCAAUGUGACAACAUUUUCCAACACCUUUAGUCAUGAUAACAUAAUGUGUUUUUUUCUUCUUAUGACAGGAGUGCUCUGCACAAAAUUAUACUUAUAGUGCCUCCAAUGAAUCUAUUUUUGACAUGUUACCAUGAUCUAAAGAGUACCAGUAAAAUGAACUCAUGAAGGAAACAAUGUGCACCCUGCUGGCCUAUCAGAAUUUGGUGCCAAAAUACCAAAAUGGCAGCAGAGAAAAGGCCACAAAACACCCCAAGGAGUGUAUAGAAUUAAAGCAGCUGUCAAGAUCUGUUGGGAAAUUUGACAGAUAAUUCAAGUGAUUUGACGAGAUUAAAAAGAGUCCGUCUAAAUAGAGCUUUACACUUCCUUCAUACGUCAUGUGUAUAGUUUGCGAUUUUAUGCUUUUAUUUGCUUUAGAUCUGAAUUUUGCAUCAUCCUGGACAGCUUUCAGGUGUAUUUAUGAGCUUAAGGCAUGACUGCUUUUACCACCAGCUGUUACUGUCCUAUGUGAAAACCAACACAUGAGGCGACUCUGCAGAGAGAAAAUCCCAUCAAAUUUAAAGCCAAACAGCUCCAGUAAAUUCAUUUGAUUGAAACAUGAAAUGCAUCUGCUGCUGCAUUCUGUGUUUAUUGUCCUCGCGGCCUCAUCGUGAACGGCAGCGAGAACCAGCUGAAGCUUUUCCAUUAUGAGUUCACUGUGUUUGACCCUUUCAUCAUGUUCCCAGGCAUUAACAUGAGAUAACAAUGUAGGGAGAAUUUCCUAAGAUCCCACUUCAAAAUUGCAGAGAGACCAUAUGCUGCACAUCUGACAGGCAAUAAUUCAAUUUGAAGCAGCUAUAUUGCAUUUGGAAUGUAAUUCACACGAGCCAUUUCAGCGCCUCCUCUUCUGCGAUUGAAUGGGAAAGAAUUAGAGGCUGACUUUCAUGUGGAGAUGGAGCGUGUGCAGCCAAUUCCAAGUCUUAUUGACAGGAAGACAAAGUGACAGUGAGAAACGACGUCCCUGUGACGGCACUGCAUGUGUAAAUAGAAACCUUUUUUCUCAGCUUCACCAUCACGGUUAGAAAACCCCUCCCCCCUCUGAGAAAUCUGCAAAAUAACCUUUUUUAACCUCUUAAAAAUGAGCUUCUUCUUUGGGUCUUUGCUUGAAAAUUGCACGUAGAGUAUAUCCCUGCAACUGUAAGUCCAAUUUGAAUAAUGGGAGUAUCAUAAUAAAGGGAGCACUGGGAUUUGUUUGGAUGAAUAAGACUAAAUAUAUACAGUAAAUGCUACUAGGUCAGAGAAAAUGAAGAUGGCACUCAGCAUUAAUGAAAGAUUUUAUGUCAGUUGCAGCUACAAAUCUCCUGCAAACCAUCUGAACAAUAACUGUGCCAACAACUUUGAUGCUAAUAACGGAAAACAGAGACAAAUGAGAAAGGUAAUAGAUCUUUGGAAAUAUUAACAAUCAAUUAUGAAUGACUAUGUGGGUAGCAUGUAGCAUCACACACAAUAACAUAAACUAGGUGACCCAAGGAUAAUCUUCAUAUAAGGUCAUUCACACAGCACACAUAGCAGAUUUAAUUUUCCUAAAAAAAAACAAUUUUAGCACGAAUUUCUCUCUAGCAAACCAUCUGAACAUUACCUCUGCUAACUUUGAUACUAAUACAGUGAAACAAAGUGAAAAGAGAGGUUUUAGUACAGAGUAUUCAGGCGGAGCUUCCUUAGUGUGUUAGCAGUGAAAAGAUAAGCUAGGUGGUGCUGUGAUGAUUUCUUUUUAUUUGCUCAGUGCUGUUGUGUCUGGUUUAAGUAAUUUGAGCUUGUCGCCAUGUCUCUUCUAUUAAAUCUAAUGUGCUGCAUGAAUAUGAUUUCAAGUGAUCAGUGGGCUGUUGGAUGCUGUUUGUUGUGUAGCUCGCCCUGUUGGGCUCCACUCUCAAAUUCCCAUAAAUCUAUUUUAUUUUGAGAUGGUGAGGAGUGUUUUUUUCUCUCUCUCUCUCUCUCUCUCUCUCUCUGCUGGACCACUAAUCCUUUUCUGUCAGGUCAGACAACUUAGUGACCUGCCACUUGAGAUGAAACUAUUACUUCCCACAGUGACCUCGACACUUCAUCACAUCACACGAGUAAAGAAGAAGAGCACUCUCUCUCUCUCCCUCUCUCUCUCUUUCUCGCCCGCGCUCUCAUUUCCUCUCCGGUUUGUUGUGAGCGAGGGAAGAUUUAGCCUGCUUUGGAAUGGUGGAGCUCUCUGGCUCGCUAUUUGAUGUCGGGGUGAGAGAUAGAGAGAGAGAGCGGGCGAGCGAGGAUAGAAUAGAGUGGGUUUCAGUGUUGGGGGAUCAGAGCUGCUUUGGUUCUCCAGCUCUGUCUCUUUGAUCCAUAUCCCCAGGCCUGCCUGCCUGCCUCGCUAACUCAGGCCUCUGCUCGUGAUUCCUGACAACUGUCGGCCUGAGAUAAGGAGGUGGGGUGGGGGUGGGGGUGGUGGGGGGGCCCUCUCCUACCCCCCACCACCUCUUUCCUCGCCCCCCUAUCCUGCACACUGCUACCUCAUACACUUCUUUUAACAUUAAAAACCCACAUUUAGGCCAGGAAAUAUAUUCAAGAACCCCCUCCCUUUGAAAAUACAAAUACCCCCCUCCCUCCUCUACACCCCCACCUUCCUGCUCCAGUCCUCCUGCAGUUCACAAUGUGUUGACACGGCUGCAUGCACCUGAAUGUCAAUGAGUGCACUGCCUAAUAUUAGUCUCAGCUGCUAUUAAAAUUUGUAGUACUAAGCCCUUUGACUGGGCACGCUGUCAACUGGCACGCUCCCAUGUCAACAAAUCAAAAAGGAUGAGCACAUAUAUUUACAUCAUUCCCAUAAUGAGGAGCAGAGUGGGGGGGCACAGAAGGGGGAGGGAUGUUAAUUAGAAAUCGCCUGAAAAACAGAUGCAGCUUCAGUUUGGCACCAAGCAAAGCAAGGAGCUUUAUGGCAAAUAAAUAAAUAAUAAGACAAGACCUACUCAAGAAAGCUGCCAGAAAAGCAGAGGAAUUUAAAUCAUACCCACUGAUGGAAUGUUUGUAGGAUAUAUUUUUCUUUAUUUAUCACUCAGAGUCUUCUCCUCUCCUCCUCCUCCUCCUCCCUCUGUGGAAACUAAACAGAGCCCAGGGUGCUGUCUGACUGACUGAGUGGGUAGAAAAGUGUUAAGCCCCUCUAGUUCCCGAGGUUCAGAUGAACUGUAGGCGUUGACUGGCUGCACGAAGUCAGCAACUACAACCUCAAACUCUCAUCUGCUCUUUAAAGAACUCGUACCAUGACCACAGCCAAUGCUUCGUUCUGAUAGGCCAGGGGGGUGUGUAUUAUUCUCAGAUAACUUCACAUCCCUGAUGUAGUGUGUUCUUCUGCUCUGCAAACAUGUUGAUGCAACCUCUUGAAAAAGACAAGCUAAAGUUGAGUCAAAAGACACCCUGAAGUCAGCUGUCAGGGUUCGGAAUCAGGUCUUUUAGGUGAAAAUGGCCCCAUCAAAAACAGGACAAUCUCAGGAAAAAAUGACAAAAUGUGAGACCAGUGUGCAUGCAUAUGGAGCUGACAACACUAGACUUUGCAUGCAAGGCCAACAGUCCGUAAUAUCAUUUUGUUAUGAAGCACCACUGAAGGACAACGCUGUGCACAAAGGUGUUCUUUAGCAGAGUGGUGAGUGGCACAAACACAUUCUCCUUGGCUAUUUGACUGGGAAUGUACUCCUCAUGUGCUGGUCAGUUAUUGACCAAGUGAUAAUACUCAAUAAAAGGGUGUGUCACUAACAUUAAUGAUUGUUUUUUUUAAAAUAAGAAUUUGCCUAUAUAUUGAUCCUGUCUUUUUGAAUCAAUGCCCCCUUAGUAGUCCUCUGUGAAACAACAUGCAUUUUACUAAAGACAGUUUGAAACAGGAGUUGUGCAUUUUAUUUAUUAGCGCCUUUCUUGACACUCUCUGCUUUAGUGCACGAGCAUCUUUAAAGAAAGUAUCUCCUCCUCACCAAACAGACAUUUCUCCCUCUCUGUCUGUCUGAGUAUCUGUGAGCGGUCCAUCUCCCCGUGAUGCAUUCAGGGCCCAGCUGCCUGCUGUUUGCAGCAGCGCUCAGCCUGUCAGCCUCCAGCUGAGAGCCGUCACUCUGUUUAUUUACAUGUCAUUAUGGCGAGGAGGAGCAGAUAUUAAAGCUGUCAGCUGCUGUUUGACCUGACAUCCCUCAGUGGGCCAUCCUCCUGCUGUUUGAGCAAACAGCCUCUGUCUACUUCAGUCCUCUAACUCGACCCUAACACGCUCCAUAAAGAGCCUCUUGACCUGAAAUCAGUGAAGGUUUUCUGCUAGUUUGGAGUGAUAGGAAAGGUGGUCCUAGAGGGAAAAGCAGUGGAAUAAACGCACUCAAUGCAGAGGCCGUGAACACUGAGCCAAACUUUUACAAGGAAAAACCCAAAUAUGGUUGAUCCAAGUAUCCGAUAAUGGCAAAAUUGCAUUUCCUUGAUAGAAAAUGUGUGGAAAUGCUGAGAGCUGAUGGUGCAUCGAAAUUCUGCAGAAAAAAAAAUAGAAAAUUAAAACGCAAGUAAAAGCUAGUCUAAGUAGAAGCAGGGUUAAAACAAGUGAAAUAGCAGUGUAAGUGGUAUUAGAAAAUUACAAGCAAGCACAAUUGUUACUAGCAGUUCAGGUAGUAUUAGCAUUAGUAUAAGUAUUAGUAAAUGUAUAAAUUCAGCCCAUCUGUGUGCAUUUAAGAGGAAAAAAGUAUGAAAACUUGAAAAACUUACGCUUUAAAAAGAGCUAGCAGGAGGACAGAGGAUGAGCAGAGGAGUUAAAAAGAGAGGGAAUAGGAGGAGAAAGGGUAAAAAAGGAGAUUUAAAAUGCAGGAAAGAAGAAAAAAAAGGUGAGAGCUAGGAAGCAUUAAAAAAGUUAUAGAAAAUACAAGAAGCCUAGCAAGCUCGAAUAUUGUUGUUCCAAGUGUUUACAUGGCUAUAAAAGUUAUAAGUAAAGGUGCAAGAUAAAAGACCUGGUUAAUGUUAUACUGUAUAAGAGCAUUGACUGGAGAUGGAAAUACUUGUACAGUGUUCCUGCACCUGCAGGACAGACAUCCUUGUCUUCACUUUGAGCAGCUACAGAAAGAUUAUCCAAACUUCAGAGCCAUUUCUGUUUGUUAAAAGUAAUUCAAUGUUUACGUCUGUGUUGAAAUUGUAGGAUGAAGCUAGUUAUUGAACUUAACACAUUGUUAUAAAGUUGCAUUUAAGUUUGGGUCAGUAAAAUGACUGUCAGGCCAGGUUAAAUUAAAUGUCAUGCAAAAGCAAGACUCGAUUUGUUGAAAACACGUAGCUGUUUCAUUUUCCACCCAAAGAAGUUGGAGAAAGUAUUGAAAGUGAACCUGGAAAGGCCUUGGAUGGUUAAGGUGGCUGGAUAAUAAUAAUCAACAUAAAAUCUUAAGGAUCCCCUCCCUUCAAACAUGCUUGAUUUGAUCCAGCACUAAAAAUUUACACUUGCUGAGAAACUUGUCAGUCUAAUAAAGUUAAACGCCUGGGAUUGAGAUGACCUUGUAAACUUUUUUAAUCCAGAGUCCAUAAAUGGUUUGCUGUAACUUGUAAAAGUUGUGUUAAACUUCCUUCUCUGAUGUGAACUUUGAUUUUUCACUUUCAUUUGGGUGAAAUAUUCAUUUUUUUCUAUUAAUCUCACUUAAGCAACUUUCAAGGACUCCGGCAGAACUUUCCAUGUUUCAUGGUGUUACUUGCCCCUCAGGUUACAUCACAGGGACACACCGAGGUCAAUGUUAUUUGUCCCUGGAUUCAGUUUAUUUCAUCAGAAAAGGUAAAAUGAAAAUCCACUCUCACUUCAGUCAGGUUCUGAGUGCUUUUGUUUGUGACUGCAGCUCUGAAUGUUUUAAUAUCUCUUCUUCCUGACAUUGAAUUUGAUUUCUUUUUCAUCACUGAUGGGGGAGUUGGGAUUUUCAGGAUUAUGUCCUCUGACAAAAAACACAUCUGCUUGUAGUAAAAUAGCACAAGCUGAUUGCAUAAUUACCUCUGAUUGCAUCAGAUACUCAGCAUUCAACAGUGACGUGCUCAAUGCGCUUUGCAAUUACUGUCUGUCUGAUGAUUCAAUAGAAGAUAGUGAUAGAUCGUGUCUGACACCAGCUACAUGUCAACAUCAGCCUUAAUCCCAGCCGCUGUAUCCGCCCACAUCCGCAGCUCAACAUGACACUGUGAGGUGAAUCAUAAUGAAGCUACAUAUUAUUUAAAUGCAAAUAUCAUACAGACGUAUAGAGAAGUGAAAGUUAACAUCAAGAAUGACUUAAUCCUGGAUUGUCAAACAUGGUACUAUCUACCGCGCCACAGUACAGUCUGGUCUCAAAGAUCGCUCUUUAACGUGGACUACAGCUGAAAACACGGAGCAUAAAUUUGGUGUGUGAAGAAUGGUGAACAUGACAUGUUGUGAGUGGGUCGUCUACUCUUUGAAAAGUUGUCAUGUCUCUUUGCUGCACAGCAAAUCACACAAUAAAGACUGGGUUUCUAUUUCACAUACAAAACAUAGCCCUGCAAUGACAUGUCUUGUUUCCUUACAGCUGACAUGUAUGGUUACAGUAAAUCUGUAGGUAGUUUAAAGAAAAAUCUACCAUUUAAACCUGAGCCCUGUUAUUUUUAACAUAUUUUAAGGUCUUAAAGCCUGAAAAUUAUGUAAAGGGUUGGAUAGGGUGACCAUAUGUCCUCUUUUACCCGGACACAUCAUCUUUUGUAUGGAAGUUUUGAGUUUGUGUCUCGUGGACCUACUGAGUUAGAAGCGCAUAAAAACACUCAACCCAACCCGAAAAAUUCUCAAAAUUUACUUUGCGUGACUCCACCCCACCUAGUCAUGUCUCCUUUUUAGGGAUUCAGAAUAUGGUCACAUUAGGGUUGGAAAUCAUUAGGAGCACCGUGACCCCUAAAGACAGGUGUUCCAUCAGCUUCAAGAGCAAAGUCCACAACAUUGAGUUUUUGUGCAGCUCUGUCUUAUAUCAUCUGUUUUACCAUGUGGUGUCUAAAAUCUCCUUACAUACCUGUACAGUAGUUGAGAUCAGCCUAUGACCUCACCUGAAGUUCACCGGGGAGUAGCACCACCCUCACCACUUGUCACUUGGUGUCUUAAAUUGGGAAGUCUUUUUGAUUAGAUCAGCCCCCCACAUGUAUUUGGCCUAUAAUUUAACGUUACCGAAACAGCUUUGUUCCUGCUGCUUUUAUUGAAGUGAACAAGUUGUAGAGAUCUUACACAUAAUUUUGCACAAUUAGCACAUACUGCGGAGGUAUUAUUCACUUACUUAUUUAUGUUGUUUUUAAACUUGUUUUUACCUUGGUUUGUAUCUAGAGGUUGUUUAUUUGGGUGAUUUAUUUGUAUUUCUUUAUGUAUUGACAUUUUUCUCCCUCUCUUAUGUCUUGACUGGGGAGCCUUGGGGUGCUUUUAUCAUGUGUUCUGUUUUGUGAUUGUUUUAUAUUUGUACUGUAACUUGUAUAAAUAGACGUCAUCACUUUAUUUCACUGCAGAACAAAUCUACCUUCGGGUAUUAAUAAAGUAACCUGAACCUGAAUUUGAUAUACUAUGCAGCCAGUACAUUAGUAUAAAAUUUUAUCAGAUGUCACUGUUGUGUUGUUGUUUGUGUCAUGCAACCACUUUUCUUUAUAAAGAAGGAUACAUCAAGUGGCAGAGGAGCCACUUCUUAAUGCUUUUCUUGCUUAUUAGGUCAUUAUCAUUCAUUUAGUGAAAAUGGUUGUAUUCUAGCAGAGUUGGUAAAUACACCUUGCUGGUUUGAUUGAAAAGACUCUAAUGUAAGAGAGCAAUCCUGACCUUUGGAGGUGGUGGCACAGGUCUUCUUAGAUUAGAUCCAUCUGUGCUGCACAACUUUCAGUGCUACUCCAGGCAGGGCUCAGCCACAGUACAGGUAUCAGGCAGGAUGAUGAUAACAGAACAGAUUAGAUCUUUUACAUAUACCACCAUUUUCAUGUAAAUGUUCAUUACAGGAAUUCUUUCAGGAAUGUUUGAGGAGCUGAAAAGGAUUCUGGGCCUAGGAAAAAAACACAGUCAUUUCUGUUUGAUACAAUCCAAUCAUGUGCAUGUGGGAGGCAUUACAACAUGUUUCAUGGUUGUCAACUCCAGCAAUGUUAUGAAGCAAUUCCCACCUCAGCACCAACCUUAUAAUUUCAUUAGGAGUUUGUGGGGCCAAAAAACUGGCUGACACCGAGAGGUGAGAGAGAAAUGAAUUUCACCUGCAACAGAAACUGCUGUCAGUCAGUUCGCAUGGACAUUCGUGGAGUUGCAUUCAUUCGUUCUCUCAAAAAAGUGAUGAGAGUAGAUGUUAAGCGAAUAAUUAAUCUGUUAAGUGUCUACUUGUACACCUCCACCAAUCCCUGUUUAAAGCAGGCAUGAUUGAUAAAAGUUACAGAAAUUGUCACGAGAUAUUUCCAACCAAUUCCAGCACAGGACAGGCGUGAAGGGAAUCUGCUUCAGGUGGUUUUGUUAAUCCAAUAAGUACUUCCUUUGAAGAGCACUGUCACCUUUAGCCUUUCACAUUCACCUGCACCCGACUCUGUUUUAGGGCCUUAAAAUCCCGUUUUAUCUCUCAGCUCGCUAUUUUAAAACUCAGUUUGGUGUCAAGAAGCAAGCUGAGCUGCAGAAAUGAAUAAAUGACAAAAAGCAGAGCGCUGAAAUAUUGAGGGAGAGAUCUGAAUGUAGGAGAUGGUAAUGUGGGGCGCAGAGAUAACUCCUCCUCUCAUCUCUUCAUCUGCUAAAGACACCUCACACUGCAGGAGACGGAGACUUAUCCACCAUCUGUGUCUCUGUGGGUCUUAAGUUUCUCUAUCUGUCAUCCUUUGAGUGACCUUGGAUCCGGUACAGUAAAGCUUUACUGCACUCUCUUGUGCUGUUCAGUGCAUUUAGAUGAAUGAACAUUUUUUGUUUAAGCGUGAGUUUAUAGCUUUUUGGUUUUUUUUACCUUUAUUUGGAGCGUUGGCCCAGUUAAAUGUUUAGAGUUGAUCCUCAGUAAAAUCAAGACAACUCAAUAUGGGUCAAACAGAGGCUCAGUUCACACCGUAGACUGUAUGCGCCCGUCUGUCAGCUAACUCAGCAAACUCAUUGAUUAUUUUAAUCAAAAAAGAUGCAUCCAGAGUAAAACUGUUCCCUGUAAAAGCCUGCAAACAUAUUGAGCUCUGCUUUAAAAGGCAUUUUAAUAGGCUCUAAUGGGAUCUCUGUCACUUUUGGAACUACCUCAAGUGGACACUCAAGGAACUGCAGAUUUUUUUGAAUUGUAGUUUUUUUAUUUGGCUUCAUUUUUCAUGGUCUUGUGUACUUCAUUUUUUUAAAGACACCUUUUUUAAUUAUUAUUUGAUUACUUCAAGAUAUUAUAUUUCAAAGCAGAAGGGCAGUAAAGAAAGGGCUCAACCUUGCCUUUAUACUAUCAUGGGUGUGAGUGUGACAGUCAGUUGUCCAUACAAAUAGUAGAAGUUUAUUAUUAUUUGUUUUUACAGUAAUGAAUUUGGGCAGCUGACUUCAUAGUUUAUACAGAUACUUUUAAAUACACUGUAUAAAUGCUUAAAUUCUGCUCAUCCAGUGGGAACAUUUUUACAUGAACAAAAAGGGAAAGCCAGGACUCUGAGAAUGACUCCCAGAGUUGAAUUCAUUGAUAUCACAUUUGGUGUCUGGUAUGGAUGAUACAAACCUUUGAUUUGCUGAUAUCUUGUGUUUGAAGCAGUAUUAUAAGAGCAUUCUUUGUUGUUUUUUUUGCUCAAUGUGGAGCCAUUUUCCAGUCUUUAUACUACAACUUACAGAGAAUAAUGUGUAUAGUGCGUUUAGAGAUGGUAAACAAACAACUAAAAGUAUCAAAACCUGUUGUUCGGAUUCUGGCUCUGGUUUCUGUUUGAUCCAAAGGAAUAGUGCCCAGAACCAUAGAGGUAUUAACCUAGUGGUUAAAACGAACUGGAUUAACACACACUCAAGCUGUGAAAGUUCCUAUUCAGUAAUUAUGUGCACACAUUUUAACACACUGGUCACCUCCUGGAUACUGUCUGAGUGAAAUGCAUGCUGGGACUGUUAAGGAGCCAUGUAUUAGCUCCUGGCUGCAGCGUCUGUAAGAAGCGCUGCUAUCAGUGAGCUGCAGCUGCAGAAACAGUCUGAGCUCAGACACCAACAAAGAAGAGGGUUUCCUCUGACACGAGCAGAAACAAAACAAGGCUUCAUUAAAACAGCCGAGGACAUUUGAAUAAUAAAAAAGGAGGAAGUCUUUGUCUGGAAUGAUUAUUUAUCUGAAAGGAGGCAUAUUGUGUUCAUUUACACUUCACUCUUCUCCAUUUAUUCCUGUUUUCUUAGAGGGUUGGAAAACACCUCAUUUUACUGUCACACUUUUACAAUGUUGGUAUAAAGUCAGAGUUUUGAUGAAGUUAAUGACUCCUACAAUUAUUUUGAUUGUUUGAUGUGAAGGAAUGACAAGUUUAAGACUCAUGCAUACUGAAUAUGAAAAAGUAGGAUGCAGCUUUUUAUGAGGACGUGGUAAAUUUGCAUGUUUAUAUGCAAAUCCAGAAACCCCACUUGGGUCAGAAUCUUUCGAUUAGCCAAAUAAAGAGGUAGACUUGGUCAUGUGUGCAGAAUACUGUAGCCUAGCUUGCAGGCCGGUUUCUCCAGCAGGUCUAUAAAGUAGCUACAUACUUUCUAGAUUUAGCUGUUUACUUAUGUUAAGUUUACUUAUGGGUCUAAGCAUAAUUUAAAGGUAGUUAUAAUCUCGUCCUUACAUCUAAAUCACCAUUUCUUAUGUGCUGAUAUGAAGUUACAGGUUUCCUAGCUGUUUGUUUCAACUCUGAGGAAUAAAUCGCAAACAAUUUGUUGCCUUUUAUUAACCUGGUGGUCCUGUUGGUGUUGGCUCAGCUUCAGACAGAAAGUGGGGGAUGGGGGGAGGAGAGGAAGGUUUGCAGAGAGACAGAGGUUGAAGAGUAGAGCCUCCAGGACCCCAGGAGAUGUCAAAGCUCGACUUGAGCAAGGAGGUGAGGGGUUUCGAGCUGUCUGACACCUCCUUUCAGGGCAACAAGGAGGUGGCCUGUCACCGCAGAGCCGCCCUUUGUGGAACUUGAAAGUGGAAAAUUAUCCAAAUCUUCAUAUUUAGCAUAAACUCACUGACUUCAAUUAAAGGUGCUUGGAUUACUGGAGUGAAAUAUUUUGACAACGAAUGCAAGAAAAAUUCCUCCGAGUAGAGAAGAGACAGAAGGUUGUGAACUGAACGGUUGAUUUUACUGCUACAAACUACAAACGUGCAAUGUUCGCUUUCUUUAACACUUAAUUUAGGGGCUUGUGUGGAAAGGACAGAAUACACACAGAGUUUUCACAUAUUUUCAUCAUUCAGAGAUAAGGCGAGUUAACACACAGUUGAGCAAAUUUUAAUUGUUUGUUAGGAGGCUGAAGAACCAGGUUAGGGAGUUGAUAAUGGCAGAGCACAAGCGGAGACCAGAAAUCUCGUAGCUUUGCUGUAAUGGGAGGAUGUAUUUGUCUGGUGACUGUGACAGUGAUGCAGGCAAGUUGAAAUUAGCAGAAAGAUGUGCUUUAAAAUGACAAUUAAGCAAUUAAGAAAAUAAAGGCAAUGUGGUUAUGGGAAUCAAAAGGGUUUAUCCUCUGGGUAGAAGGUGUGUUAACUUGGGAAACCGCCUCUUUCAUUAUGUGUCUUAGGACAUUUUAAUGGGAUCAAACAUGAUUCUGAGAUGUCUACCAAAACCCCAAAUGUUUCUGAGUAUACUGUCCAGAAACAGCCUCUGAAAGCGUGUUGUUUUUCUCUGUGUUUGCAGGUGAUGAGCAUCCUCAGUAACCCCAGCGGCGUUUCCUCACAGCCACAACACGACUUCUCCAUCUCGCCGCUCCACAGCGCCCUGGACUCCUCUCCGUCUAACACCAUCUCAGCCAGCUGCAGCCAGCGUUCAGCCGAGGCGUCCAUCAAGACGGUGGACAGCCUCCCAUCGUCCCAGUCCUAUUGCCCCCCCACAUACAGCACCACCAGCUACAGCAUGGACCCCGCCGUGGCUGCAGCAGGAUACCAGUACAGUCAGUACGGCCAGAGUAAGUCCUGCUACAUCAGAUAGUCUCUUCUCUACACUCCUUAAAUCCAGAGUUGUUUAUUCUUUUACCUCCACUGUUGCUCAUGGUUUGCAUCAUGGGCCCCUUUGGGGGAAGAAACGCUUAGUCACGCUGAGUCAUGGAACAGCAGGCGCCCAUGGUAGGGGACUUUGAGAACCAUGCAAAAACCUGUGCCUCUGUCCAGCAAAAUCUUAUUUUUAGGGCCAACUUUCAAACAGAUCAAUUAAAUGAUCUCUAUUAGGAGAAAUAGGCAGCAAAUUCAGAAACACAUGCAGGAGUCUUUAAUGAAUGCAAAGAUGGAUAAAUGUGCUGCAAAAAGAAUGAAUGACUACAACUGAAAAGGUGCUGUAAUGACAAUAUAUGCUAAAUUUAAACAACACAAACUAAAAAAAAAAACUACAACGAAAUAAGAAGACCUCCAGAUUCUCACCAGCUCCAGGCCUGUAGGGGGCGCUCAGAGGAGCAGUUAGUUAUUAACAGGAGAAAAUGAAGAAAAAGUAGAAGCUAAAUUUAUUGGUUGUCAGAUCUGCACUCCAGCAGUCCAGGUACUAUGAGGAAUUAGCUCUGAUGUCUACUGGGGAAAAAAUCAACAUUUAUUCCCCACAACUUUUCCUUUGGACUACUUUUAUUUUUUAGCUCUGCUCAGUAAAGUAGCCUCUGCUUUAACUGGUUACAAGAGAGAGAAACCGAUAUCAGCAACAAGACCAACAGUUUCGUUAUUGUAAUUUUAUUAUGUCUGAAACUGCUUCCGGGGCAUCAGGGUCAGUCUUUUACUUACAAUUUCAACAGGAAGUUUUGACAAAAAAUUAAUUAAUUUAACUGUUCAAAGAUGGCAGGUGAGAUCUGUACCUUACUAUACACAGAACAAGAUUAACAGGGCUAUAAGAUUGCCUGCAGGGGGCGCCAGAACUGUCAAAACUAAAAGUCUCCCACAGCAUCUUCCAAGAGUUUUCACCAAGAAAAUCAGUUCCCGUCACUUUUAACCUGAUCAGUUAAGUGUAAAGGAGCUCUUUAGUGGUGAUGUCUUUACUUGCAGUGUUUUCCCCUGGCUUACUAUUGUCAUCAAGUCAAAUAAGCCUAAAUAACAGAGCCAAUGUUUAGCCCAGUCUUUACAAUAUUAACAUGUUUGCUGAUUUUGUUGGAUGUUUUUGGCCUUCUGAAGCAUGUGUCUUUAUUUUAAACGUGUUAGAUUUGGACUUCUGAAUGUCUAGAUGUGCUUCGUUUCUGUUAUUGUAGCAUAUUUUUCUCUAUAAAGAUCGUCUGGGCUUUUUGCAGGAUGGUAAGCCUUGUGUGUAAAUCAUGAGUUGUGGAGUGUGGAUUUGGUGUGUAAGAAGGAGGCUGUCUUUAAGUUUUCUGCAUGUUAAUGUUGAUUUCAGGUUUGUAAAUGUUCUCUGCCUGAUAAACACUUUCACUGCCAACAUUGCAGCUAUAAGAUUCAGGUAAUAUGUGAUUUCUUUACAUAUAGACUCGGUGAUGCUGUAGGUGAUCCUCAGUGAUGUGACGUCCGUGGCCCUCCGCCUCCACCUCUCCCUCCUGCAGACAGAUUUAAACGUUUACGUCAGACUUUUGACUCUUCUCUUGUUCUACUGCAGGAAGCUCCUGACAGAUUAAAGUACAUACUGUCAGGAUAGCUGAGGUGUGUGAGCUUGUGUGUGCUACACCUGCGUAUGUAUGUGUAUGUGUGUGUGUUAUCUGAUAGGCUCUAUCUACGAGGCAGAGGACUCUCAGUGUGACUGCUCAACAGGGAUUUAGGGUAUAAACCUGGUUGACAGGAAAAACAGCUUCCUUUAGAGGGCCUCACUAAACCCUUGUGAAACACAAACACACACACUCACACACUUACACGCACACACCGCUCCCCCACUAGCUGUCUGGGUGACUGGCAUCUUGGCAGACAGACCUGCCCACCCAUAGGUGCUCUUCUUUCUCUCCUUCCUCAGCGCAGAGUGACAGCCUCCUUUCUAUACACGCUAGCAUCCUAACUGACAUGCCUUACUUAUCUCCCCCCACGAUAGCCACAACACACACACACACACACACACACACACACACACACACACACACACACACACACACACACACACACACACACACACACACACACACACACCAUGUCACAUCACAUCUGCUGUCAGCCCUCCUCUCUCCUGCCCCAUAAAAGAGAAGUUAUCAGCAGCUGAACCGGGGAGGGGCGACAUGCAGCUCCGAGAGAGGAAAUAUGCUGAGCGUUAAUGCCGGCUUUUUAACAGAAGCUCUUAUUCUGGAGACUACCGACCCGUGUGUCUGUCUGUCUGUCUGCCUGUCUGUCUGUGAUGACAAACUGUUGGCUGCUUUUUUCUGUCCGUCUGUCACACCCAGUGUUCAGUUGUGAUUGGACAUGAAACAGGCUGUCCUCAAACAAAACAAACACACAUUAGAGGAUGAGUCUGAUGAUUGUUUUUCUUCUUCUUCUUAACAAAUCCUGUGAGCAGAGCCAACCACAGUGAAAGCUAACUUUCAAGAGCAGUUUUUGUGAAGCCAUAACACACACUGACGACACUACUUAGAGUCCUUGAAACCACUCUUGUACUUUAUAUAUUUGUACUUCAGAUAUGUUUUUCAGAUCAACCCAAACUCCAAAUUUUAAAUCUGAUGUUUAAUUAGAAAUAGUGCACAGAAAACAUCAAAUGGAGUCAAGGGGUCAAACCAGUCACUGCUGCAAUGAGGACUAUAGCCUCAGUACCUUGGGCAAAUUGGACCACUUGGUCAUCCGCGCCCCAGUCUUCCUUCAAAAUAAAACGAGAUAUAUCUUAAGAUAUGUUUUGUUGAUAUUAAGAGACACGUUCAUGAAAAAUAAAAUGUUUUAUUUCAAGAACUUGACCACUAAGUUUUUGUCAUUGAUUUUUGUGGUAAGAUUUCUUUUUUUUUUUAAUACUCUUGUUCUCCUUUACUCAUUAAAAGCAAAAAAACCUUUUUCCUGGACUCAACAAAAACACUUGUAAAGAUUUGAGUUUUGACAGUGCAGAAAGGCAGAAAACUUGGGCUCUUGGGCAGGUCUUUGGGCUCUCAGGAAACACAGCAUUGAAAAUAGACUUGACUCUGUAGUGGAAAUCACUGCAUGAGCUCAAAAUCACUUUCAAAAACCAGACAACUGUACAGUCCAUGGUCUUGCCUUGAGGAUUUAUUGAUGCAGCUGUUCAGGAACAUUUAAGCUGUAUACUUGUUCUUAAAAAUCUCAAUGAAGUGCAAAUACUUUUAUUUAAAAUCAAAAUCAGCAAAAGUAGAUGUUCUUCUGUCAGACCAUCACUAACUCUCCUCUCGUCUCUCUCUCCAGCUGCCGUGGAUUACCUGGCCAAGAACGUCAGUCUGUCCAGUCAGCGCAGGAUGAAGCUGGCCGACCACUCGGCUGUUCUGGGACUGCUGCAGGUUGAGACCGGCCAGGCCUACUAGUACUCACCUAAACCACAUGACACCUGGUCACCAGCACAACCCGCACCUCCAGCUAUCAUUCACACAAGUCUCCCAGAGAGAGAAAGAGAGAGAGUGAGUGUGUGUGUGUGUGAUUCGUAGUCAUACUUUGUUUAAUAUCUCUGCUCCUUGUGGGUUUCAGGACUGAUUGAUGCAGCUGUUUAAGCUUUAAACUUUCCUCUUGGGACCGACCAAAUCUAUAACACGUCAUUCCACUUUUAGUCUUCAUUUGUUAAUGCUGCACCCCAUUUCGACACUUUUAUUUGGACGACUAAAACUGAUCUGAUUUCUGCUCAUGGAUGCUACCUCACAGUUUGUUUUCCUGAUUGCAGCCGUGUGUGAGAAACUGAAGCAAGCAAAAACUACAUUUCCAGCUGCUUUCAUUAAGAAACCAACAUUAAAAAGAAAUCUUAGCUGAGGACUAAGAAAUUUCAGGAUUUGUUUUCCACCUUGAGACAAAUAAAACAUCGGGGCACCCCUGUCUACUUUCUACCUGUAGACUUACAAACUUCACAGAUUCCACAUAUCAGCAGAAAAUAUUGGCAGCUCAGAUAUGAAGGUUACAGGUACCUCUGUGUGGAUGUGUGAGUGUGAGUUUGUGAGGGAGAUAAACACCUCUGGAGCAGACUGAUAUGGACUAUUUCAGCCAUUCCUGAAGAGAUGUCUCUAUUCUGACGGUGCAGCCCCUCUUAUCAACAACAAGACCUCCUGAAGAGCUUUGCCAAGAGUUGGAGGUCAGACAAGCUCCUGACUGAGCAGCUGACUUUGAGCGAGACGAUCGCUCCCCACGCGGUUGGAGAUGGACGUUUCUCCAGGCAGCUUAGGACCACUUCUUUUUCCUUCAGAUUCCACUUCAUCUCAUGCCUUUUUAUUAUCAAUAAAAAAAACAGCCCAGGGUAACACUAUGACAAACUAAUGAAGAAACUGUUUAUGAUCGUAUAACGGGUUUUAUUUUCCAAAUGCAGAGAAAAAAAAAGACAUUUUUUUUUACUUCUUUAAAAGUUAAGUUUUAAUUUGUGAUUUUCCUUUUAAGUAUAUUUAUUAUAAUAACAUUUAAGUGAAGGAGCCUCCAUUUCCUGAUCCUCUUCUGUUUUCAACCCAUUCUUACCGCAAACUUGUCAGAUGUGGCAGCUUGGACAGUAUCCCAAAAUAUUACGCUGUGGUUCCCUUGCAAAAUUUCUGGACAUUAUUUUGACGUGCCACUGAAAUCAUGUGGCAUAUAGUAACUAAUGCACCCUGACAGGUAUGAUAUCAAUAUAAGCUUAUUAGUGAGCCUUGUAACAUCUUUUAUUCGAACUAUUUGUACCCUAAACAAAAGCUUUGACUGAGCCUACAAUAACCAAACUGUUAGCCAAAAACAAGUAGAUGAUUGUUGCAUUUCUUUACCUCACAAAUCUCAAAUGUUUCUCAAGUUUAACUCAACAUUGUUGUCCUACAAAAGCUCCUUUACUGCUUUAUUAGGAGUCUGGAUAUCUGCUGAUGUUUAUCGAAACCAGUCCUCUGUCUGUCCUUUAACCAGCAAACAAAAGUCACACAACUGAAAGAAAUAACCGCUUAACUAAAUUGCAGAGAGGAUAAUAUUUACCUUGACAUCUGAGAGGUCCUUCAGAGUGGAAAACAGUCCUAACUCUCUUCCUGUGCAACAGUUUUUAUUACAGUUGAUAAAGUCCACAUCAUGCAGUGUCUAUGCAGAUGAAACAACCCAAACCUCUUUCUGCAUUUUACACUGGUAUCCUGGCCCCUGUCAGAAGGCAUACCUAAACUUUAACUGUCUUUAUGUCCAAGAAUUUCACAGUUUGGAUACACAGAUUGUCAUGUUUUAAAGGAUACUGUCUGGGCGGAUUAAUUUGACAAGUUGGAGGCGUGAACAAAAAGACUUUUCAAGUAUGAUAAUGAUAUAAAAUCAACACUAAACAGUCUUAAAAACACUCACUGUUUCCCAUCAGACCUUUAUAUGAACACUGUAUUUUUAUUUGCUCUAUACUUAAUGAGUUGGAGUCCAACUGUGGAUCAGAAAUCGUUUACAAUUCCAAAACCUUCCCCAAGGUUUCUUUAGACUAAUUUUCCUCACUUUUUUUAUCACCUCCGUCAACCAAAGGGAAGCUCCUUAUCAUUCCACUUCAUCAUGCUCUGGACAGGAUCUUUUGAAUAUCUCUGGACAGGAGAAACAUUUGUACCAGGACGCCUAAGGUUUAUGUGCUGGGGAAGACCAAACAGAGGAAUAUUCCCCUUUUUAUCAUUCCAUACAUAAGAAAUACUUAAACAAUCAAAAUAUGCUUUUUCAUAUAAGUUCCUUUUCUUUCUUUGAUUCUUUUUUUGUAUUUAAUGCCACGUCAGAGGUGCACUCAUGAACUUAAAGAUGAAUCUGAACUGAGUUUAACUUCAUCUUCAUUCCCACUGGAUGCUGGUGUCCAUGUGUUUUACUGAUGAAGGCAAUCAUCUCUGUCUGACGGAGGAUUUUGAACUCCUCUGCACCUCCAGGAGAGCCAUGUCCACUCUUUGGACGCUGGCUGUGUUACCUUCUACCUUGUGUACAUAUAUUUUUUCAAUGACAUCGAACCAAGGGGAGCAUCAAGGAUCAAAUGUACAGACUUGCUCCCUCAGCCACGCCCCUUCCUGUUUACCUCUUGGUCCUUUUCUCUGCUUGUUUUGUUCUGCUUUCUGUUUGGCAUGUGUGUAUGUUGCCAUAGUAUAAUUUAUUCUACCUGUAGAACGUAUUAGACUAGUGAGAAAUUUGUAUUGGCAUUUACUCCCCUCAGCCUCUUGCUGUGUCGACUGUAACACUGGCGUAACUGUCUGUUCAUUAAAAGCUCUACAACUGGACCAAGAA